CUCAGAAUUGGCAUUAAUCAUACUGGCAGUACGAGAAGACACAAGAGAAGGAAACAACAUGCACAAACAACACAGACAACAACACUUAACAAAGUCCAACAGAUUUGUAAGAUGAUCUUGCUUUUAUCAGAGGUUUGGGGUCAACCGCCCUUGAAUUAGAUACAAUACCCAACACAAGAAAGUCAGAGAUUCAGAAAAUGUCAGAUUCAGAAAAAGUUUUCAGCAAUAAUUUGGACUGUGGCUCUAAGGUUGUGCAACUGGCCAGCAGAGGUGAAUGGAUUGCGGUGGAACAGAUGUUAAAAGGCAUCGACAAAGGGGAUCUUGGUCCUUCGGAAUACGAACAAGUGGGUGACGUGAAAAAUGUUAUAAAUGUUACUGUGUCUUGUAUACUAUUGCUGAUUGUCAGUGUUUUCUAGAUUGGAUUUUUGAGUUAUGACUUGUUUAAAUGUUUAAUUUAAGAUAGGUUGCGGGAGUCAAAAUGCUUGCAAAAAGCUAAUUAAUCCAUCUUCUGAGUGUGAAUUAAAGGAAUAAACAAUGCGUGUGUUUUGUAAUAAAAUAAAUGUGCUUUUUUCACUGAAGUUUUUUAUGAGUUUUUUGCUGCACAGAUUGCCUUUUUUCUCAACUAUUUUGGGUUGAUUCUUUAAAUAGCAAAUUGUAGUAUGUUAAAGGGACAUUCUAAACACCAAAACCACUUCAUCUUAAAGGGACAAUAAAGUACCGAAAAACAGUUCAUCUUAAUGAAGCGGUCUGGGUGUUCCUUCAAUUCUGCAUUGUAAAAUACUAUUUAGUUUUUUUAGAAAAUGAUAAGUUUACAUUGCAUGGUUAAAUCUACCUCUAGUGGCUCUCUUCCUGACAACCAGUAGAGGGUCUUCUGUAGCACUAAUCGAGCAAAACGGGGUCACAUGACGUGGAAGCCCAUGGAAAAGUAUUGAAUAUAAUGCAUUUUCAAUGGAAAGGAUGAAUGCAUAUGUGCACUGAUAGGUCCACUACGAAGUAAAUUGGAUUGGACCAUUACGGAGGAGGCUAUGCCUCCUCAAUGAUGUCACAGGAGGCGGAGAGGUAAGCAGCACAGAUGGAGCCUUGGUGCUGGGCAAAGGUAAGUAAAACUUUAAUUUUAUUAAUUAAUAUUAUACACUAUUUUAGCCUAAAAAUAGUGCAAAGUCUCCCAUAAGACUCUUUUGGUUAAACUGCCCAAGAGCAACUUGCAACAACCUACUCUUUAACAAAGAAAGCCAUGUGAGUGAUGGAAGUAGUACUUUGAGAGGUAUGGAAAGUUCCAAUACUCUUCAGAUGUGAUAUUCAGUUGCCUUUAACAGUAUAUUUUGAGAUUGUGGAGGAAAAUAUAUAGCAGUUAAAGGGACACUAUAGUCACCAUAACAACUUUAGCUUAAUGAAGCAGUUUUGGUGUAUAGAACAUGCCCCUGCAGCCUCACUGCUCAAUCCUCUGCCAUUUAGGAGUUAAAUCCCUUUGUUUAUGAACCCUAGUCACACCUCCCUGCAUGUGACUUGCACAGCCUUCCAUAAACACUUCCUGUAAAGAGAGCCCUAUUUAGGCUUUCUUUAUUGCAAGUUCUGUUUAAUUAAGAUUUUCUUAUCCCCUGCUAUGUUAAUAGCUUGCUAGACCCUGCAAGAGCCUCCUGUAUGUGAUUAAAGUUCAAUUUAGAGAUUGAGAUACAAUUAUUUAAGGUAAAUUACAUCUGUUUGAAAGUGAAACCAGUUUUUUUUUCAUGCAGGCUCUGUCAAUCAUAGCCAGGGGAGGUGUGGCUAGGGCUGCAUAAACAGAAACAAAGUGAUUUAACUCCUAAAUGACAGUGAAUUGAGCAGUGAAAUUGCAGGGGAAUGAUCUAUACACUAAAACUGCUUUAUUUAGUGUUACUUUAACCUAUGUUUUUUUCUGCCCAUCAUCAAAUCAAAAUUAAUAUUAAUUUGUUUCUUUGUAUCUCUUAUGUUUUGAAAAAAAUAUAUUAUUUGCCCUUCUCAUUGCCACCUAAAGGCCAUUUAAGGUAUUUACCAACCUUUAUGUAAUAUUCUAACUCUGGAAACUUUCCCUUAAAACUAAAACCACAAAAGUUCAAUUUUUUUUUGAAAAGUGAAAAACAUAAAGCUGCAAUAUCACUUUUGUUGAAUUUAAUUUAAUUUGUUCAAGCGCUUUAGUUGUGGGCAGAAAUGUUACAGUGUUCUCCAAAAGGUCCACCUACCCUCUUACUCUUGUGAGUUUGUGUAGUGAAUAUUGAGGAAUUAUUCAAGAGAAAUAGAUUCAGAUCAUAUUGCUGUCUGUGUUUUCUUCUGCUAAAUAAGCGACGUUGGACCAGCACAAAUGUGUUACAGUUUCUACAUAACUAUAUCUUACUUCUAAACUGUAAUCUCCAAAAGUCCACACCAUUUCUUUAUGGUUUCAUUAUGUAUUAUGAUGGGAUAGUAAUGUUAUAAUCAAAUAAUGAUCAGAAUUGAAUUGGCUCUCAUGUCCAAUUUUUUGCUAUUUUUCAUGGUUAUUCAUCAAACUGCAUAAAAAAACAAAAACAACCCUAAUUAUAUUGAAAUGCAUCCUUAGGAAUCCUUUAAGGGAAAGCAUUACAAAAUAAUUUAUUGAAAAAAUAAAUGAAUUCGAGAGUAGUUAAGGUUCUCAAUAAGGAAUAAACUAAUUUGGAAAAUAUAAUUGCAAUAAGCACAGUGUUUUUUCUCCUCGGUAAAGUAUCCCAGAAUGCCUUUCAAAUCAUUUGUGAUGUUUAUUGAACUUUAAACUAUUAUUAGUAUUUUUUAACUCCUCUCUUCAGCUCGUCUGGUUUACCUAAAGGCACCCAGACAACUUCAUUUGAAUGUCUAUUAAACCUACAACUGAAAACAUUCUGUUGUUUAACUGGAACGGUAAUGUUUACAUUGCAGGGUGAACAUACCUCUAGUCACUAACAGGAGACAGCCACUAGAGGCGCUUCCACAGCUAUAAUGGAGUUAGACUCUCCUAGAGAGGAUUUGAUUGGCACAGUGUGGCACAUACGCACUAGCCUCCCAAUGCCUCCCUAUGUGGAAGCAUCAGAUAUACGAGGUCUAUCAAUGUAAUAUGGAAUACGUAUUAAAGCAGAUACAAGAACCAUUGUGUAUAGAAAAACACACGUUAGUGCAAAUACACUGGGCAGUUAAAGGCUCCUGACAAGGUGAGAAGCAAAUUGUUAUUUUGUUCACCUGAUUACCUACUGUAUUAAGGAUAUCUGCAGUAGGGUUAGCUCUGCUUCCCUAUUUUUUCUUUUUUUUGUCUCCAUUCUGAAGUCUCCUGUUGGAUAUGGCGAUUUAAAGGACCCUAUUACCAAUAUUUUUAUUACCUCCUGAAAGUUGCAGGAGUAAGUGAGUGUUUUCAUUUUUAUCUUUAAGCGCUCCACCUUUGCACUGUUGUCUGCAUGUAUUUGCACUAACGUGUGUUUUUCUAUACACUUGAUUAUAAGUAGGUUGAAGAGUUCCUACUUUUGGUGUGUAAGCUGCUAUUUAUUGUAUUGUGUAUUUUAUAAUAUUCACAUUGUUUAAGCGCCUUUGUCACAGCACAUCUAUUUUUUACAAGAACCAUUGUACAUAGGACAAUGACGUCUCAGUCCCCUUCAAAGUAUUCACCUUGGGACCUCUCCCAGUUCUCCCAGUGUCUCUUCCACUGUUCAAAACAUUCUGCUAAAUCCUUUGUUGGAAUCACCAUCAGCUUCUACUUCUCGCACUGUCAGUCGCCGAUCUUUAUUGACUGAAGCCCAUACAUGUUCACCUCAUUCUCAGGUGUUCUGCUUGUUGCAGGCCUUACAGAACAUGGAUCACUUUCAACAGAUUACCGACCAUCAUUGAAGCGUUUGUUCCACACUUUUAUUUGUGCUGCACUCGUUGUAAUGUCCCAGAAAUGUUCCAAAUAGUAUCCGCGCAGUAAUGUUCAAGCUUAAAGCAAAAUUUGAUGCAGAUUCGUUGCUCUACUUGCUCAGUCAUUUUGAAUGUGAUGACUACAGACACACACUACACAUGCUCACUCAAUGGUGUCUAGCGAGGCCCACUGACUAGUACAGUGGAGUCGUCAUUGUUCACGCAUGUGCAUCCAAUCCACUCUCCUUGGCCGCCAGGUUACAUUGAUGUCGCGUAAAUCGUUCUCAUUAUAUUAACAAUGGCUGGACUUUUUCCCAGACAGACCUCAUAUUAUUAAUGUGGAAGAAAGGAGGAGCAAUAAGGGGGGCUCUUCUUUGAUUCUUGUACCAGGGUCCUGUGAUUCCCCUGGAGUUAGGAAUACAUAUUUGUAUUCCAAAAGCUAUAGUGUUCAAUUAAAGUGGAAGUAUCACUACUCUGGUAGUAACCAUUCUGUCAGGAACGUUCGGGGAUCCUACACGCAGAAUGCAAAUACUAGUAAUCUAUACUGGACCUUAGGAUGGCUAGUCUAACACUACACACACAAAGAAUAGUCAAAAAGUGAGCCGAGGUCAGGGGUACCAGAAAUCAGGAUCAACGAUAAUGCAAUAGCCGAGGUUAAAGGAACACAUAAGGAGGAAUAGUCAAACAAAGCCAAAGUCAGAAUACAAGAAUACCAAUACGGAAUACUGCCUCUUGGGUCAAACAAGAACCACAACAGGGCAAUGAGUCUCUUCCUGCAUUCUCUUUAAGUACCGUGUUCACUUCGGUAGGUAACCACGCCCCCAAAAUGUUCUCAUUCGAACACCUUGGUGGGUCAUGACGUCGGCACUCAUUAGCCGCGAUUUAAAAAAGGAGGCAGGUGACUGGCGUGAGAAUCGCUAGGGUAAAGAUGAAAGUUGGUAGGAGUGCCCUCAGUACCCUGCAAUGAGAUGCCAGCCCAUAACAUGCUCUUGACUGAUACAUAAGGUAACCUGACACAUUCCUCUUUCCCUCAGCCACGUAAAAGCUAUUGACCUGGUGAGUGGCAAAAUGGAGGUGAGUAACACUUAUUUCCUUGUCCAGUGUGACAUCAAUAAACCCAUAAUGCCCUGGGUGCACUCCUGCACAUUGCAGAGAAAUGUUGUACAAGUGCCUACAUGCUAAUACAUUCCUUCCAUGUGUCCAAGUAUGACAUUGUGGGGGUUACAUUAAUUUACAUAUUAUGCCUUGUGUGUGCCAGAAAUGCCUGUCAUGCAAUGAAAAUUAAAUAAGUAAGCAAUUUUAGAAAAAAAUGUUUUAAUUAAAAAUAGCACAACUCAUAACUAACUUUUAUCAGCUGACAUGUUGUGGAAAUAUCUCAACUGUGACAGUUCUGAUUGAAAUAUGUAAAGAGUAGAUGAAACAUUAUUAAACCAAAUACUAUGUAUUUUCCUACCUUCGCUGAGAUGCUACCUUUCUACCUUUGUUUUUGCUUAAUAUGAUUAAAGAGAUGCUUUUAACCUCAUAACUGUACUCAUGGGAUUAGUUUGAAAUGCUACACUGGUAUUACUGAUUUUAUUCAGAGAUAACAAUGUUUUUCAUCACAACUUUCCAACCUUUCGGAGCUUUUCAACAACACUCAACAUACAGAAUAUCAAAGCUAGAGCAAUGAUAAAGAAUUAUCUGUCUGAGAAAGAAAUUAAAAACAAAUUAGUGGCUAGCAACACACAACUGCAACUCCCACAAUUCUUUGGCAGCCUAACAGACCUCCGUUCUGUAGUAGAUGUUGUUAUAUCAAAUUACCCCUCCCCCCCUUCACUUUAGUCUAAAGGCCCGACUUGACCAGUCUCCAGACCUCAGUCCAACAGAACUUGCAGGGAUCAGUGGCAGAUCCAGGGGGGAGCACGAUGGCAAAUGCUUCCCUGAACAGCAAGGGGUAUGCAAGGGGUAUGUUGCUAACUAAGGGCAGCCUUCCAUUCUGUCCCGAAUUGUCUCCAUCCAAGUUAUUUAAAAAAGUCAGAUUAUGCUUACAUGCAGGAGAAUAGGAGCAUUAAUGUGAUGACAGGCAUCCACAUCAGCAUCCAUGUCUUAUCAGAAGCUACAUGUCUUUAUAACUGUAGGUAUUCGUCUCUGAGUGCCUAUUUGUGCAGUUCUGCCCACCUUUUAUAAUUUACAAAAAAAAGAAGGUGAAUUGGGGGCAUAUCCCAUAGGAAAGCAUUGCAUUGGCUGAGAUUGUCCAUUCUUAUGCUCUCCGCCAAGGAGGCAGGCAGAGGGCCAGAGCCAAAUGCUGCCCUGGCCAAUCAGCAUCUCCGGAUAGAGAUACAUUAAAUCAAUGCAUCUCUAUGAGUAAAGUUCAGUGUCUCCACGCAGAGGGUGGAGACACUGUAUGUCAGUCACACUGUGCAGCACUGCCCCAGUAAAAUCCAAAAUAGGAAAGCAUUGUGGCAUUGAUUUCCUAAGUGAGAGACCCCCACCCCCCUGUUGGAUGACAUCGUAGAAGGCGGAUCGCCGACAUGGCGCUGGAAUUGAGUGAGUAAAUAACAAAGGUUUUUUCUAACCCCUUACAUGCUGGGGGACCAGAAGGUACUAUAGUGUUAGGAAUACAGGUUUGUAUUCCUAACACUAUGCAAUCUAUUUAAGUAACAUUAUAAAAUUAAAACUGUAUUUUCUUUGUGUGUGUGCUGUUCCCUAAUCUGAAUUUCACCUUCUGAUUUAGGAAACUGGAUCCGCAUCUGGCAGGAAGUAACAAUUUAGAAAGAAUUCUGAAUGUACUUGGACAGUUUUAAGCUAUGUAAUGGGUCAUUAUCUUGCCAUUGAAUGAAUUACUGGUCAGCUAGCCAUAAUCGGGAUGGCACAAUCUGACGUAGUCUGCAAUAGCUUUCAUGGCUGAACUUUCAAUGGCUGGGUCAGUCGCUUUCUAUACAGCAUACAGGGUUUGCUCUAUACACAAUCUAUAGAAAUCCAUGGAUUGGCAGACAGAAAAAUAGAUAGUAGAAAUAUGCAUGGUGAAAUAAUAUGGUUGGGCCAAAUCUGAUUCAUCCAAAUUAUUUUUUUUUAGUUCUGGUGGUUAAAUCCGUUUAGAAGAAGAUUCAGGAAAAUGAUUCCGAGAAACAAAAAUAUUAAAUUUAGCCGUGUGCUGAUAGGUACAUUCAUUUUCUUGUCAUUUGGUUUAGAGAUCUUUAUUUAUAUAUUUAUAUAUGACAUGUUUAUUACAUAUUUAAUAUAUAAAUAUAGAUUUUUUUUAACUGCUUCUCAUUUUUUUAAUCCCCUCUGUUCUUCACUUCUCACUUGAUCUUUAAAUACAAUAAUCAUUUUGUGACUGUCCCCAGCCAUAAAUUAUAUUAUUUUCUCACCAAUUAUCUCCUUUUUUGGUGGGAUGGAUAAAACUCCAAAUCACCCAAUAAAAUAAACCAACUCAUCCAUUGUCUGUUUUGUUUUAUUUCAUUAUUCGGGCGUAUGGUGAUUAGAAGUUACAGAAUUCGGAUGACCUGACAACUCCCCGACAUUUUGACGAAUCAAUAAAUUUGAAACUGAAUGCACAAGUCUAACAAAUAGAUAGAAAAUAUCUAUGUAUAAUAAUGUUACCUGUGUGUAUAAUAUUUUAUCGUUGUUUAUAUUUAUUAUUAUUAUUUGAUUUAACAGGUUUAUAAUGUGUUGUAUAGAUGGGUCAUCACUCGUAUAUACUUUUACUAUUCUUCACGUAACCUCACUGGGAGCGAAUCUGAUUAUUGACCAAAGGUUUGCUGUCAUGUAAACACUACACAACAACACUCCAACAAACUGAGACUGCAGGCUGCGCUGUCCCCCCCCCCUACUGGCUGGGAAUGUGUCACACACAGAACGAGCGUUCCUGGGGUAUACAAUGAUCGAGCCACACAUUCUUGGGACAGAGAAUCAUUGUUUGGGGAGGUGAUGGUUGAAACCAGAUAGCCAGAGAGCAAAACUCACCCUUUCACUCAUUGUAAUCAGACCUGCAGGAAACAAUGUUACUAUCUGGAAGCCGUCCAAGCAUUUACUGUAAUGAAGUGUUCAGCACUUCUAGUAAUUCACAGGAGUAUUACAAUGUAUUCAUUCCCUUGCCUGUGCCAUUAUAAUACGUUAUAACAGAGUUACUCACUAAUGGUUCGAUUGUCUGGGAAUCAAAGAGAAUUUCACUUUUCAGAUUAAGAAAGCAGAAUUAGAAAAUGAUCCUGGUAUCGGGCUAUUUCAGCCUAUAACGUGUAAUUCACUUUGAAUUCUCGAAAAAGCACAGUUUACGGAAAAAUUCUGUAUGAGAAGUCUCAUCUUAAAGGAAUGCUCCGAGCACCAUAACCACUACUGAACGCUGUUACCCCCACAAUGUAAGCAAACUGUUUACCUUCUUACCUGGGAUCCAUCUGAUUUUGCUCCCCAUUUCUACUUUAGAGAUGUACCCCUUAAACAUUGUGGACAGAGGAUGUUCUGUGAACUAAAAAUAUCAUGACUUUCACCCUGUUUACCGAACUAGCAUUUUGUGAAGAGGCAGCCAUUAGCAGUGGGACCAGUCUAAUAUAGGUUCUGAGAACAUUUCCUCUCCCUGGGGUGUGAGGGUAAAAGGACAUAAGGUUCCCUGGAGUGAUCGUUAUCCCUGACUGUUUAAAUAGUCUUUUUCAUUCUUUGUUCUCCCAAUGCAACUAUUGUCUAAAAUAGGAGCUAUAAAUUCUUUAUUAUCAAUUUCUGAUUUUUCCAUAGGAGUCGGGUUUGACACCCUUAAUGAUUGCCGUGAAGGAAAACCGACUGUCAAUUGUCGAGCGGUUCCUUGAGCUGGGAGUUAAUCUCUCCGACAGAUCGAGUGUAAGUAGGAAUCCGUUAGUCGUGUAUUUCUGGUGUUGCUUGUCCUAAAAGACAAAUAAACCGAGAACCCCACCUAUAUUUGUUAUUUAUAAUACGGGUUUUCGAUAGGCUGUGUUCUGAUCAGGAAAUUGUUCCUACAGAUGUAUUUUUAUAAUUUUAACUGUAUAUAAAAAUAGACUCUAUGGUCUUUAGAAUUCAUUUUUUUACAGCCAUUUAGAUAUUUUUUUCACAAUAUUGUCUUGACGACUUGAAUGCACUCACUCACUUUAUAUUUGCACCUAAUUUCUUAUUUAAGGAUGCCAGAACCAGUACUUUAACAAAAAACAUUUUAAAGAGAUAGGAAGGGCAUUAAAGGAACACUCAACACACAUAAAGCACUUUGGCCUCUUGUGAUAGUUUAUAAAAGCGCUGAUUUCAGUAAAAAUCAAAAUUUUUAUAACUGCGGCAGAAACACCUUGCUGAAACACCUUCAUUAGUUUCACAGAGUUAACAGCUCAUUGAGAUUAAUUUUAAAGCCAUGAUUACAUGCGCACACUUACCUUUAGCUAACCUUAGCUACGCACACCUUUUUAACAAAAUGUUUUCAAGGUACAAAGUUUAUCUCAACCGAUGAGAGAUCACUGUGAGUUGUGCUGCUGACAUGAAUCUGCACCACAACCAAUCUUUGUCCUUGUAUUAUCUUAUAGUAUCACAAAGCUGUGCUAACUGGAAAGGGUGCAGGUAAAAAGAAGGCAGUGAUUGGCUGUGCAUCAGAGUCAUAUCGGCAGCUCAUAUUAAUCACUUAUUGGCUGAGCUGCACACAGAUAACCCUAAUUUCUUUCAACCAGAAAAGAACAUUUUGUAAACAGAGAAGGUGUAGACAUUUUUUCUUUCUUUUAAUGCAAGGUGGUGAGUGUAACGAACACCUGGCAUUUCGUAUACCCGUUCGUUCGUAUAUGAUCCCGAAAUGCUAGGGACUUAGUGAUUAUAGCCUGUUCACAUGGAGCGCUGAUUUGUCCGUUCCCGAAAUCCGAGUUGUGCAUAAGAGUAAAUCCAGCAGUUUGUCAGUCACAUACCCAAAAAUCAGUUGAGAUUUGAUGAAGCAUACAACAGGAAUGUUUUAUUAUGUCCAGAUGGCCCACUGUUAUACACAGCAAGGAUACAGUAAAACACGCCCAGAACACUCCCACAACACCCUUCUGAAUUUCUGUGUCAGAAUAACUAAGCAUAAAACAUAAAAUAUAAAAAAUACAUAUAAGACAUAGAGGAACCCCCACAAAUAUUAUAUCCCUGGAUAGCCUUGAUCUGCGUACCCAAGUUGUCUAAAUAGCCCUCAGAUCCCAGGAAUACAGCCGAAUUGCCACCGGGGUAAAGUUUUCACCGAAUGCACAUGAGGCGUAUGCUCAAAUCAGUUCCAGAGAUUCAGUAGUAGCGGUCAGUCAAUUUCCAGAGUUCCAAAAUGAACUAAAAGAUGAACAAUUCCCCUGGCUCAUAGGUAGCGUUUAUUCACCUUCUUUGUGCAAACAAACCUACUGAACAUCACUUUCCUGGCUUGUCGUGGAACGAAACAGGCGUUCGUGAAGUUUGGCCAGUGUUCGCGAGGUUGAGGUCGUUCCAGACACUCAACGCCCAAGUCCCGCUGCCUGCUUUCGUGUGACAAGAUGGCUGCUGUUUUUUCCAGCACGUGUUGUUCGGUUAUACGAACGGCGGCCACACAGGGAGCGAACACUUAAGUCUGUGGUUUCUUUGAACUAAAUGAGCCAGGGUGGUGGUCGGUGUUCGGUAGAUUUAUCUACCGAACGCAGGGAAAGUAACUUAGGAAAUACAGAAUAUAGUUUUGUCACAGUGAGGUUAAAAGGAGAAUCUUAUUUGAGAUUGAGAUUAAAUUGAUCCACAAUCCAUGUUUCCAUGUUUCUUUUCUCUAAUAGACUUGUGCAUUCAGCUUCUUCCCAAUUGCAAAUCGGGAAAUCGGCAGCUCAUACAAAUUUCUAACACCAAAACACCAUAUGGAGAAAUCACAAAUCAAAAAAAGAUGAUUGAUGGAUAGGACACAAUCAGUAAAUGUUGAUUUUAAUCUCAGAUCGAAUGAGAAGUGACCAACAGAGGUAGAAAAAGAGGAGCAGGAAAAAAAAUCUAUAUAUACUGUAUAUAUUAUAUACUUAAUAAAUACAUAAAAUGCAAAUAUAUAAAUAUACAUAUUUUAUUGCUUCUACUUGUUUCGCUCUAUUAGUUACAUCUUAUCAGUUGUCCUGCGAACCAAAGAGCACAAGAACUGGCCAGUCCAUGUCCUGCAAAAUAUAUACAUAAUAUUUUUAUUUUGCUUUAUACUAGAUGGCCAAUUUUGGCACCAUUUUGAUGCUUUUGAAUUUUUCCCCACGCAAUUAUUGCAUGGACGAAAUUGACAUUAACAAAUACCAAAUUGCCUGGGGAAAAAAAACUAUUUCAGAGUAAGUGAAUUUGUAUACCAUGCACAAGGGUAUUCUUUGAGAUAAUGUGAAACUUCUAUAAACCAAUGGGCUGGGUGACACUUCUUCUGCUAUAUCUUGACAGCAGAAAUCCUCCCUCUGGUUGUGUUAAUAUGAUCAGAAUACAAUGUGAAUUGUGCUCAGUUACAGGAUGUUUUACCUAAUGUGGAUUAUACAAGAGGCAACUGAUCAAGCCAUCAUAGCAACUUGAUAGGAAUUUAUAUAAACCAAAGCAAAUUAACCAGCCACAUCCUUGGAGAUGGUAUUUCAGUUGAGUUUUUGGCCCUUGGAAACUGUUAUUCCCAAAUGACCUCCCACUGUUCAUAGAUGGGACAAUAAGAAAGCUAUCAUUGAUGAAAACCUUAACUGUGUCCAUUAACUCUCAAUAGCUUGAGCUAACACCUUCACACAAAGCUUUACAAGUGUCCCUUAAUAGCUGUGCAUAUCACAGACCAAUUCUUUCUUCACAGUGCAAACAUUCCGACUCUUGAUACAAUACCUGCUGUCUAUGAAUACGGACGUAUUGUUUCGUGUUCUUUGGAACAAAGCUUAGUGCAACCGACUAACUUGUCUGCGUUUUUCAUGAAUGUUGUAAACAACCUCUUCGCGGGAAGCAAUUUGAUUCCAUAAAACGUAUACAGUGCCAGAGGAGUGGGCAACCCAUUGCUCCAAUGUUACUCAAUCUCUGGUUAUUGAAGAGUUACAGCUUAAAAGCCAGCUCAAACUUCACCCCACCCCUUUCUUUAACCGAGUUCUUUUAUUAAAAAAAUAAUAAUAAAUAAAUAAAAUAUCAGCGUAAACAUUUAUUUGAUACAAGGGGAUGGACGGUUAGCAAAUAUAAUAAAAAGAGAGGAUUAUGGGGAAUCAAGAAACAAAAGCAAAUUAUAGCACGGAAAAGACAAAUUAAAAAAUGACCCCAGUUUAUAUACUUUAUUUUUUUUUUUAAAUUUUACCGCUUGACUAUAUUUGAUGAAAAAUGCCAAUUACUUUUCCAUUCUCAAUGUUCCGUUUAGUUAACUUCUCUGAUCACUUAAGAAUCAAACAAGUUAUUUUGCAUGUUGAUUGCUGUCCAGGGAUUCUUAAUUACAUACUUUUUGUAUUUUUCUUUAUUAUUUUUUUGUUCACCACCUGCAGAGAUAGUGUUAGAGAAAGAUGUUCUUCAUCCGGAUUUGAAGUCUUUGCCUUUUUUUUUUUUUAAUUCAGUAACUACCAUCAAGAGUUAAUCUCAGAUCUGUCUAAACACUUAUAAAGAGUUAACUUGCCUUAGAGUCAAAAGACUUCUCCCCCCCUCAAUUAUUCUUCCAUAUCAGCUGAAUAAACAUAAUUUGAAUAGAAUUUUAUUAUUGAACCCAUGCACCUUGGAAUGGUGUUACAUUGAAAGUAUUAAAGGCUAGCAGUGAUAGAGCAAGGGUAAGGGUAGUAGAUACAUGGAAAAGCCUUUAAGUUGAGGUAGUGAAAACAAUAAAGCAUUUCAAGAAUGAUGUACACGAUGUGCCAGGGUCUCAGCGAAAUACCUGGCAAUGUUUGAAUUUUCUAUGCAAGCUUGACCAAUCUUAUUCAUAGUAAUUUGAGACUAUUCAGAGCUGUAAAAACAGCAUUUUUUAAACAAUAACACGUUACUCUAUAAGUAGAAAAUGUUGUUACAUUUAAAGCACUCAAUGAACAGAAAUAAUUGAUAACACAAUACAAUCUGCAUGAGUUUGGAGAUGUAUAGUUUCUAAUAGCAGCACAUUCCAUAAUAUAUAUUGAUUUCCUGGUGUAAUCGUCCUUGUGUUGGGUUAUGUUACUAUGUUAAGUUUUUUAAUCCGUGUUCUGGGUCUGAAAUGACUUGUUUGUUGGAUGUGGGUUUAUUGAAUGUCUUACGUUAAUAUCUCUGAUGUAAAAUUCCGGUGGGACCAAAAAAUGAGAGGUCAGUGAGAGGUGAGAAUGCAGGAAUUAGACAUCAUGAAGUGGGGUUAAACAAACAGACUCCAUUGAUCACUUCUUUCAGAGCAUGUGGAGUGAAGUGGCCAGUGGUUAAUGAUUGUGGCUGAGUUCAGUGCUAUGACAGCAUUGGUACCAACCUUCAGGUCACCGAAGCCUGCUAUCUCAUUCUAACAUUUCAGUCUUAUUGUUAGCAUAAUUACUGGAAUAUCAGUGAUCUAAGAAUUCUUUUUUCAGGCAGUAGAUGAGGCAGAGGAGGCAGUAUGAAAUCAAUAAGUAGAUAAAGCAGUUUCAUUAGAAUUCCAUACAUGUGUCUUCUCAACUUUUAUCAUGUUUAGAUAGUUCCACUGUGAGUUCUUCAGUUCAUCAUAUGCACCGUUGACUCUCUCUGGAGGAAUAUAUUUCGAUUCAGAUUCAGUUUUGUAGUCAGGGCUGAUGAAAGGAUUUUUAACUACAUAGACAAAGCUGCCUUUCCUCCCGCACCCCCCCCAAAAAAAUGUGUUUUCACCUGCGUGUCUAGUAACCCUGCUUUAGAAUUUCUUAACCAUUCUAGCGUAUCUUCUCCACCUUUAGCUACCCCCAAACAAUAUUAGCUUCCUUUUUUUAUUUUAAAUUCUUUAUUUUACACUCGAUAGGUGUGACAAGUGCACAGAAACAUUAGGGCUUACGCAGAAGCCAACACAAUAUUAGCUUCUUGUGAAUCAAUCCCAUUACAGUGUUUGUAUUUUGUCUAUUCUCAGCCCAACAGGAAUCUGGUCUGGAUUUCAAAUAUACACAGAAAAAAAGGGAAUUGGGGACACACCCGGAAGUCGGAACAUGCAAUUCUUAGUAGUGUUGCGCUGUAAAGUCCGAAAUUCAUUCAAAAUACGGGAACCACAAGCACACACAAAAAACACAGUUUUAAUUAUUACAAGGCUUCUUAAAAUUACCUAAUUUAGCAAACACAUAUGCAGAUUCAGUUUCACCACGUGGCCAUAUUGUGUUAAACCCACCCCUUCAUCAAAGUACCCUAUACCUGAGGGUUCUACAUUUAUUUUACGAUGUUAAAUAAACAUGUUAAUUAUUUUGGUCCAAUAUUUGCUAUCCCAUCGUCUAUGGCUAAGUAGACAUAUGACAUUUAUUAUAUUGUGGAUAUUCUACAGCUGUUGUCCAUACCAUUGUAUCUUCCGAUGCUGAUGGUUAAGAUAUUGAUGAGCUCAAUAAAAUUCUUUGACUUACUUGUGAUUCACCAGAAUGAGUUGCAAGCACAUUUUUUGUUUUUGUGUAUUUUUGUAACAUAUUUUACAACUAGCGUAUGAUGUUUUAAUAGACUUCACCAAAAUGGCCAUAGUCUAAUCCAUUUUACAGUGUGUAGGUUCAGAUCUCUUAUUACAAAUACCUUACCUUCUAAAACAGUUUAAUAAACAGAUACCAGACACGUAUAUGACCUUUUUUUCUCUAUUUAUUAUUGCAGGAUAAUCGUACGGUUUUACAUGUGGCAGCUGCUAAUUCUAAAGACGAAAUUGUAAGACUUCUCUUAAAUAAGAAGGCGGAUCCAAAUAUUCCCGGAGGGGUACGUGAUCUGUUACUUUCUAUCCUCUGAUAAUUUGAUUACAUAGCUCAUUCAUUAUUGGCUUGCAAAAUCAGUAGAUCAAUAAUGCUAUAUUUGGGUGAGGCUCCAUCUUUUAUAAAGGCAACAGUCGGAGGGCAAUUUAUACAUGAAUCCCCACCCCAUCUCCCCUCCAUCUUCUUUCUAUUGCCAAUCAAAAUAAAACUGAAAAAGUUUGAGAAAAUGUGUUAGCGAAGCUGUUCAAAACAUGAUACACCAAAAUAUUGGGCUUCCAUCUGGAAACUUGAAUUAAUCAAUAAUUCUUAAAUAAUUCUUAAUGGUCUAUGGUCUUCCCUGUUUCACUCCCUGCACAGAAACCAGAAAUACUGUAGAGACUAACUGCCAAUUUUAAAACACUGUCUGACUAAAGGUACAUAUUUAUGGCUGAAAGAUCCUCUCAAGUAGAGUUGUUUUUUGCUAUUUUUUUUUACUUAUAAUUAAUUUUAAAAUAAUUAGUUUCCUUUCAAAACUUGAUGAAAUGAUUAUUAUAUUAAAAAUUUGUUUUGAAGUGACAGUUGUCCUGUAAUCAGAGGGUAAAAAAAAAAGGCACGGAGUAGGAUAAAUCAGUUUCUUGUGUUAAACCUUCCAUAUACGUUGAUCAGCCACAACGUUAAAUCCACUGACAGGUGACGUGAAUCACAGUGACUAUAUUGUUACACUGGCACCUGUCAAGUGGUGGAAUAUAUAUGACAACAAGUGAACAGUCAGUUCUUGAAUUUAAUGGGCAAGCAAGAAGAUCGGCAAGGAAAAAUGGGCAAGUGAGAAGAUCUGAGUGACUUUGACAAGGGCCAAAUAGUGAUGACUAGACAACUGGGUCAGAGUAUCUCCAAAACGGCAAGUGGAGUAGGAUGUUACCGGUAUGCAGUGGUUAGUACCUAUGAAAAGUGGUGCAAGGAAGGACAGCCAGUGAUUGUGCCGGCGCCAGGGUUGUGGGAUUCCAAGGCUUAUUGGCUAGCCAGCCUGAUCCAUUUACACAGAAGAGCCACUGUUGGGAGUUAUAAUUGCUAGCCAUGAUAGAAAGGUGUCAGAACACACAGUGCAUCGCAUUUUGCCUGAGUAAUAGGGCUGUGUAGCUGUAGACUGGUCAGAGUGCCAUGAUUACCCCUGUCCAUCACCAAAAGUGCUUUCAAUGGGGAUGUGAGCAUCAUAUCUGAAGCAAGGGAAGAAGGUUGCCUGGUCUGAUGAAUUACAUUUUCUUUUAGAUCAGGUGAAUGCCCACGUGCGUGUGUAUCAAUCACUUGGUGAAGAGAUGGCAGCAGAAUACACUAUGGCAAGAAGACAGGCCGGUGGAGGCAGUGUUAUGCUCUGGCCAAUGUUGUGCCAGGUCUCAGCAUUCAUGUGGACCUUUACUUUGACACAUAUCACCUACUUAGAGAUUGUUGCAGACCCCUACACCCCUUCAUGGCAGUGAUGUUCCCUGAUGGCAGUGGCCUUUUUCAGCAGGAUAAUACACCCUGCCACACUGCAAAAUAAUUUCAGGAAUGGUUUGAGGAACAUACAAAGAGUUCAAAGUGUUACUUAGGACUCCAAAUUCCUCAGAUCUCAAUUCGAUUGAGCACCUGUGAGAUGUACUGUAACAACAAAUCCAAUCAAUGGAGGCCUGACCUCGCAACCUGCAGGACUUAAAGGAUUGCUGCUAAUGUCUUGGUGCCAGAUACCACAGCACACAUUCAGAAGUCUUAUGGAGUCCAUGCCUUGUUGCAUAAGAGUUGUUUUGGCAGCACGAGGGAGAUACACAAUAUUAGGCAAGUCGUUUUAAUGUUGAGGCUGAUCAGUGUAGAUAACUAUAGUAAAAAUAUGAACUUUUUUGUAGGGUUAUAUACAAUAUAUUAAACAAAAUGUAAUAUUUUAUUUAAUAAUUCUGGCUAAUCAGUUUAGAAAAGGAUGUUGUUAAGGGCAUUUUGUAAUAAUCUCUUGUUUGUCUGUUUUUAGCCGAAGAAUCAGCUUCCUGUCCAUUAUGCAGCUCUUCGUCCCAAUGGUACUGUCAGUGUCAUACAAACUCUGCUAAAAGCAUCCCACAAGGACGCAAGACUUGUUCAGGACGAGGUAAAAUGAGAAAAUCUUACACACAAUAUAUACAGUACCUGGAAAUACGCAUGUCCAAGUCAAAUAGGCAUCAGGUCCUUUUAUCCUUUUAUCCAUGUGUCAUGUUUAAUCGUCAUAUUAUAUAUCUUCUAGAUUAACAUGUAUGUGCCAUGUUUAAUCCAAAUGUUAGCUAACCAAUUCAUUAAUAAUGUAUGUUCAACUUUUAAUCUACAUGUUAAAUAAGCAAUCAGUUAAUAAUUUAUGUGCCACUUUUAAUUUGCUUGUUAGAUAUUCAGUGGAUCACUAAGGCAUGUGCCACAUUUCAUUUGCAUGUUCGAUAUUCAGUGGAUUACUAAGGCAUGUACCACUUUUAAUUUACAUGUUCGAUAUUCAGUGGAUUACUAAGGCAUGUGCCACAUUUAAUUUGCAUGUUUGAUAUUCAGUGGAUAACUAAGGCAUGUGCCACAUGUAAUUUGCAUGUUCGAUAUUCAGUGGAUAACUAAGGCAUGUGCCACAUGUAAUUUGCAUGUUUGAUAUUCAGUGGAUAACUAAGGCAUGUGCCACAUGUAAUUUGCAUGUUCGAUAUUCAGUGGAUUACUAAGGCAUGUGCCACAUGUAAUUUGCAUGUUUGAUAUUCAGUGGAUUACUAAGGCAUGUGCCACAUGUAAUUUGCAUGUUAGAUAACCAAUGGGAUGUACAUUAGGUACAGAUGAUACAGAUUCUAAGCACCAUCUGGUAGUCCAGUCUCCAUUUAGUUAAUUGUAUAUAAAUGUUCUAAGUAUUGACAGCUUUUUAGUGGAACAUUUAUCAUAGUAUGCUUGAGAAAUGUCACAAAUAGUGCCCGAAACAAUGCCUAUUAGAUAUGUUCUAUUAAACAGCUGCCAAGACUUAGAAUGCUGUGUGUCAGGACUGUUUUCCUUUAUAUAAUACCUAAAUGAAAAGCUGUGGCUAUUUACUUGGUCUGGAGCACCGUGUUCUUCAAAUGUCUUUUAGGUAUUAUGGAGUGCGAAGGUGAAUCCAGCAGAGUGCAGUCCCCUAUCAAUUAGUUCAUCGUUUCAAUACUGAUACACUGGCUUUAGUAUAAAACCAUAUUAACAAUGUAAUCAGUUUAUUGGCGAUUAAAUGACAUUAUGAACUAUUUUAAAACUGGUACUUGAUCCACGGACAGUUAAUGACUCUUUUAUUGUAAUGUAUUUAGAAUGUGAGAAUGAAAUUAGGUGAAGCAUAUAAGCAGAGUCUGGAGAGGCAUUCGAUACUCAUAGUAUUAGAAUAUUAUUUUCCAAAUGGUUCUAAAUAAGGAAAUGAUGCCAUUAAGGGAGGGAAUUGUUAAUCUAACCCGUGACGUGAAGCCAUUCUGGAUAAUUUCCAUAAAGUUCCCAUGACUCCAGCGAGUCUUCUCUUCUCAAAUCAUGCUGCCGAUAUCAUGAUGUAACAAUGUGUGGUGGUCCAGAGAGAAAUGAGAACUGGUUCAUCUUGGGUAGAGACUGCUAACCUUAGCAAUGGAAGCAUGUGUGAACUACAUCUCCCAUGAUGCUCAGCAGACAAUUGGCAUUGGUGAAAAACACAUAUCAUUUAGUUAAAUCUUUAGUGAAAUUAGGAGUAUGCACCUUGGAGACAUAAGCUUGUUGGACAAAUUUAAGUGAAAUACAAAUUUUGUGAAAUACUCACAUUGAGCGUGUUGGAAUGUCACUAAUAUUCCAACACAGUCAAAGAUAUCAUAAGGCAAAGUAGGAACUGUGGGAAAAAAGGCAUUGUCUCACUGAUCGCAAGACAAUAUCGAUGAAGGCUCCCACGGCCUUGCAUAACCCUUCAUAGACAUCAGUGUUGCACUCUUGCACAUGUGUGAGAGCACAGCGCUGACGCGGACUCCUGGCAGGUGAAGCACCAGAAGCUGAAGAAAGUAGAUAUCAUUGCCUACCGGGGCAGCAUCAAAUAAGUACAUCUCACCUCGGCUUAAACCCUGGGCCACCGCACACCAAGAGGCAAUGUCACCAUCUGUAACAAACCACAGGGGUCGUGUUCAGUCCUGCAACUCAGGUGCAGUAAAAGGACAAGCAUGAUCCACAACGAUGCUGAGGUUGAGGACAGGAUUCUGUCAGGUCAGUGAUGGCACGAGGGCUUUAAUACAAAUAACAGAAAAAUCCAAGGCAACGGUAUGCGAUGAAGGGUCAUUCAGAAAUCAGAGUCAGAUGGUUCAGAGGUCAGGGCAGUCAGCAAUCGGCAAGAUCCAGAGAGCUGGCAAAGUCAGGAAACCAACAAGGACAGGAAACACAAGGAAACAAAUGCUAGGAGUUCUGAGGCAACAAAACAACCAAGCACUGACUGGAAGGUGUGCUCUGCUUAAAUAGGAGUGACUCAAUCACAUAACCAGGUCUCACAUGUUGGAGGGGUUACCUGAGGUCAAUGUGACUGACUGUAGGACUCAGCCCCACCUUGGGGCACCUCCACCAACCUCUGACCUGCAGACCAAUCUCCUCAUGCAGCAGCAUCUUGGAAUGCUGGAACAAUCACUGCAGGUUCCCCAGCUGUGAAUUGAAUCGAGGAUUAGAAGAUGCCCACUGGGGCGUAUCAACCACAGACACUAUGACCACUGUGGACUGACCUCCAGCGCUUCGCGUGGGCCCCUGGACAGGUGAGAACCGUCGGUAAAUGGGACAUCAUCAGGGGUAUUUGCAUAAUUUGACAAAGUUUGUUUAAUGAUCUAUUAUACAGGUGUAACCGUUCCAUAGACUGUGUUUUAUGUUCCAUUUAUUAUUUUUAAAUGUAAGUUACAGAUAAACUUUAACACUGUUUUUAUUAUUCUUGUUAUUGAAAUUACUUAUUAAUACUUCUUAUUGGACCCUGAGUUAUGAGAAUCAUUUUAUGUUUCAUAUGAGAACUGUUUUUUCCAUGACCUCUAAUAAAACAGACUCAAUAACAUACAAUGUAAAAUGAAACAUGAGUACAAUUAUUAUUAUUAUUUUAUAUUAUUAUUAUUAUAUACUACAUAUAUCUAACUAUAAUUUACAGGAUGGCUGCAUCCCAUUAUUUCUGGCUGUGGACUCUGGUAACCUCGGUAUCUGUAAAGAACUCUUGUCAGUACAGCCAGAUGUCCAGCUCAAAGCAACUAGCAAGGUAAGUUGUAAAACCUACUGUAAUUACACAUUUUCCAUGACUUACAAACUUGCAGAGGUUUGUUCUCCUGUGUCUUUCCCUUUCAGUUAUAACAUCGGAUCUCAUUCCCUGCUACAGAUAGUCCUGUUUUUCCAAUAAAUAUAUAUAGUACCUUUUAUCAGUCACCAUCUUUCUUGUUCACUGAUAGCUAAACUUUUCAAAAUGUUCUCUCAGUCGGACAAUUCUCUGGCCAUUACCAGACAAUUCUAGCCUCUCAGUGUAACUCGUGUUACACUGAGCAUGACUCAAGCUAUGAAUGGCUACCAGAUCUCCAUCAGAUACAUUCAUGUCAAUAGGGAAUCAGACUAAUGAUACAAUAACUGCCCUUAGUUCAGAUCAAAGGAGCUCUAACUCGGUGGGUGAAUUAUAGUUUGGGCAUUGUGUGGGAGUUAUUAGGUACACAGUAAUCUAUGCGUUUGCUAUAUGGAAAAUGGAUAUGUUUUAAAUGCUAAACUACUUGUUUUGUUAGUUAUUCCAAAUCCAGUCAUAAAACAAGAAAUAGAAAUAGAAUUAUUAGUACUCCCAGUCCAGUUCCGAUGAAUUAGAAUUUUGUGUGUGCUACAUAGUAAAGACCAGGACAAUGUAUCGCAUUGUAACAUAUACCAAUACUGCCUGUCAAUAACAGAAACACGGGGACACAGCACUCCACGCAUGUUGUAGAAAAAGAGAUGUGGAAGUUGCAAGGCUGCUGGUUGAAUACGGAGCUCCCAUUGAUGGGCAGAAUGUGAGUAUGUCUUUUUUAUUAUUUAUAUAGCGCCAACAAAUUCUGCAGCGCUGUACAAUGGGAGGACUAACAAACGCGUAAUUGUAACAGACGCGUUGAACACACAGGGACAGAGGGGGUCGAGGCUAUGCUCAAUGGGUUUACAUACUAGAUGGUAUACAUUUUAAAUUUGCAACCUUGGGAACAGAGGAAUGACUUGGCACUUGGCACUGAGGAAAACAUGGCACCUGGAACUUGUAUGUUGGCGCCCCCUACCAAAUUGUUCCAUGCCACAAACCCCCUUUUGUUAGGGACGUUACACACAUUCACAUUCAUAUACCCAUGCACACAUUCAUAUACACACACACCACUAUUCAAAUACAUACAUUCAUACACAAACUUAAAACCAUACACACUUAUUAAAACAUGUACACACAUUUAUUUACACACACACAUUAAAAUAUGCACACAUUCAUAUACACACACACCCCUAUUCAAAUACAUACAUUCAUACACAAACUUAAAACCAUACACACUUAUUAAAAUAUGCACACAUUCAUAUACACACAUUAAAAUAUGCACACAUUCAUAUACACGCACACUUAUUAAAAUAUGCACACAUUCAUAUACACACACUUCUAAAAAUAUGCACACAUUUAUAUACACACACUUAUUAAAAUACGCACACGUUCAUAUACACACACACUUAUUAAAAUAUGCACACAUUCAUAUACACACACACUUAUUAAAAUAUGCACACAUUCAUAUAUACACACACAUUUAUUUAAAUAUGCACACAUUCAUAUACACACACACUUACUAAAAUAUGCAAACAUGUAUAUACACACACUUAUUAAAAUAUGCACACAUUCAUAUACACGCACACUUAUUAAAAUAUGCACACAUUCAUAUAUAGACACACUUAUUAAAAUAUACAUGCACACUUAUUAAAAUAUGCACACAUUCAUAUACACACACAUUUAUUAAAAUAUGCACACAUUCAUAUACACACACUUCUAAAAAUAUGCACACAUUUAUAUACACACACUUAUUAAAAUACGCACACGGUCAUAUACACACACACUUAUUAAAAUAUGCACACAUUCAUAUACACGCACACUUAUUAAAAUACGCACACAUUCAUAUAUACACACACAUUUAUUUAAAUAUGCACACAUUCAUAUACACACACACUUAUUAAGAUAUGCACAUAUUUAUAUACACACACACUUACUAAAAUAUGCAAACAUGUAUAUACACACACUUAUUAAAAUAUGCACACAUUCAUAUACACGCACACUUAUUAAAAUAUGCACACAUUCAUAUAUAGACACACUUAUUAGAAUAUACAUGCACACUUAUUAAAAUAUGCACACAUUCAUAUACACACACAUUUAUUAAAAUAUGCACACAUUCAUAUACAUGCACACUUAUUAAAAUAUGCACACAUUCAUAUACACACACAUUAAAAUAUGCACACAUUCAUAUACACACACUUCUAAAAAUAUGCACACAUUUAUAUACACACACUUAUUAAAAUACGCACACGUUCAUAUACACACACACUUAUUAAAAUAUGCACACAUUCAUAUACACACACUUAUUAAAAUAUGCACACAUUCAUAUAUACACACACAUUUAUUUAAAUAUGCACACAUUCAUAUACACACACUUACUAAAAUAUGCAAACAUGUAUAUACACACACUUAUUAAAAUAUGCACACAUUCAUAUACACGCACACUUAUUAAAAUAUGCACACAUUCAUAUACACACACAUUUAUUAAAAUAUGCACACAUUAAUAUACACACACUUCUAAAAAUAUGCACACAUUUAUAUACACACACUUAUUAAAAUACGCACACUGUCAUAUACACACACACUUAUUAAAAUAUGCACACAUUCAUAUACACACACACUUAUUAAAAUAUGCACACAUUCAUAUACACGCACACUUAUUAAAAUACGCAAACAUUCAUAUAUACACACACAUUUAUUUAAAUAUGCACACAUUCAUAUACACACACACUUAUUAAGAUAUGCACAUAUUUAUAUACACACACACUUACUAAAAUAUGCAAACAUGUAUAUACACACACUUAUUAAAAUAUGCACACAUUCAUAUACACGCACACUUAUUAAAAUAUGCACACAUUCAUAUAUAGACACAUUUAUUAAAAUAUACAUGCACACUUAUUAAAAUAUGCACACAUUCAUAUACACACACAUUUAUUAAAAUAUGCACACAUUCAUAUACACGCACACUUAUUAAAAUAUGCACACAUGUAUAUACACACACAUUUAUUAAAAUAUGCACACAUUCAUAUACACGCACACUUAUUAAAAUAUGCACACAUUCAUAUACACACACACUUAUUAAGAUAUGCACACAUUCAUAUACACGCACACUUAUUAAAAUAUGCACACAUUCAUAUACACACACACUUAUUAAAAUACGCACACAUUCAUAUACACACACACUUAUUAAGAUAUGCACACAUUCAUAUACACACUCACAUUCAUAUACACACACACACUUAUUAAGAUAUGCACACAUUCAUAUACACACACACUUAUUAAAAUACGCACACAUUCAUAUACACACACACAUUCAUAUACACACACACACAUUCAGAUACAUGCACAAAUACAUACACAAUUUAUUUAAUUUAUUUUUUAUUACACAAUGUAGUCUAUCCAGCCUUCCUUUUCUUACCUUUGCCUGGAAAAGAACUGAAGUGGAGUCUCAUCCUUGGAGUCCAGUGAGGAAUUAAUUGGCUAACUGCAGAGCCGACUGUGGUGGGAGGAGGGUGCUCUGUCACCCCCUGUUAAUGCUUCUCUACUUGUAAAACAGAUAGCUAUAGAAUGACUAGACACAAAGGGGGAGAUUAUCAGUGUCACAGUUUUGUGCCUUUUUGACAUUUUACGACUUUUAGGCAAAGUUUAUUAAAUAUGUCACUUUUGCUUCUCCCUGACCAUCAUUUUUAAAUGUAAUAUCCAUUUUUGGGAAAUUUGCAACAUAUUUAUCAAUCUCUUUUUAGUUUUUUUUCCUCCUUAAAAGCGUUCUCUUUCACUUUACUCUUUUUUUUUACCUUUUCAAGGACGGAUAUUUCAGCAAACAUAAUUGUGGAAUUUAGGAAGAGAAUAUACUUUUUUUACAGCAAUUUAUUCAAUCUGAACAGAUUAGAGACCAGAAAUAAAAUAAACUUUUUUUAUAUCUGUAAAGAGAAAAUGGGCAACAUAAUUCUUGAAAUUAAUUUAUUUUAAGUCAGGUUUCUUUAAAGGAUCACUAUAGGGUCAGGAACACAAACAUGUAUUACUGAUCCUAUAGUGUUAAAAACACCAUCUAGACCCCCCUGGGCUCACCUUGCCUCCAUAAAUAUAGUAAAAUCUUACUUGUAUUCAAGUCUGAAGCUGCUGCCUCUGCCCUGUCUGCUGACAUCACCAGACGUGGUUGUCUGAGCCAAUACCCAAUGCUUCCCUGUAGGAUUGGCUGAGACUGUCAAGAAGACAGAUCAGGAGCAGAGCCAGCACAAGUCAAACACAGCCCUGGCCAAGCAGCAUCUCCUCAUAGAGAUGCAUUUAAUCAAUGCAUCUCUAUAAGGAAAGUUCAGUGUCUCCAAGUAGAGAUGGAGACACUGAAUAACAGUCACAUUGUGCAGCACUGCCCCAGGAAGCACCUCUAGCAGCCAUCUAAGGAGUGGGCCGUGGAGGUAUCACUAGGCUGUAAUGUAAACACUGCAUUUUCUCUGAAAAGACAGUGUUUACUGAAAAAAGCCUGAAGGGAUUGACUAUACUCACUAGAACAAAUACAAUAAGCUGUAGUUGUUUUGGUGGCAAUAGUGUCCCUUUAAGACAUCUUUUCCUUGUGUUCUAAGCGCCAUGCCAACCAAACAUCUAGCAAACAUACAGAAUAUUUCAAACAAUAUUUUACUCUUAAAAUUUUUUGUUGGUGAAUGAGCUGUGGGUUAUAUAUAUAAUAGCCAAGCUGUGACUAUAACAGAAUCUUUUUUUACUAGUUCUGCUAACUUUUCCUAAAUUUAGCGAUUUGGCUUUUAAAUCAUUAGUUUUGUGUUCAGUGGGUAAAUGGCAUUGGUGUUAUUAGAGUGUAGUGUACCGUAUUGUAUCUGGAUGUCUGAAGCAUUGUUAUACAAAGCUAUUCUUUUGCUGCAUUGAGUGAGUGUGAGUUACUUACUAUGUGUGUUAAUUUGUUAUAUUUUAUGGACUCACUAGAGCGACGGCCAGACCCCUUUACACAUUGUAGCUGCCGAAGGAAAUGAAACCUUGCUUAAAUUCCUACAUCAAUGUAAAGCCAACCCGAACAUAAGUGACCAGGUAAGUAUUCAGAAUGCUAAAUCCUGCGCUUUGUGUUAUGGGCCAUCCGGAUUUUUAGCAAGAAAUGUGUCCAGUCUCAGAUUUUGCUCCAUUUUUGAUGUGUUCGUGUUCCUGCAAUCUUACUUUCACCUGUUGAUUCAUUCUGAAUGCAAUCACUGAACAACGUUGAAAAAAUUGCAAAUAAAAGAGUUGAUAUUGUAUGUGUUAAUGUCUAACAAACACAUUUAAAAGCUUCUUAAAAUAAUCUGAAAUAAUAUCUUACAUAGAUAUUAUAAAUCCGUUUAAUGUCGGAACAUUUUCAAUUUACAGUUAAUAUUAAAAAAUAAAAAUCUGUAGUUUUUUUUGAAAUCCUCCCGUUGCUGUUUAUUAUAUUUAUUACAGAUGGACCGGUGUCCUUUACACAUUGCUGCAGAGAGAGGACACACCACUGUCGUUGAAAUUCUCACGGAGAAGUUUCGUUCCAAUGUUUUGGCUCGUACUAAAGUAAGUACAUUUUAUACUUGUGGUGAUAAACUAACGUACUAUAGGUAUAUAAUAUGAAUAAAAUAAUUUAGAUGCUUUCAUAGAAAUAAAUAAAUGUAUAAGAGGCAUAAAACAACUGUUGCAAAACAAAGCAAAAAUUAACAAUUUCUGGAUUAUAUUUGAAGUGUGUAGGAAUUUUAUAAAGAUCCUUUGUCACAAUUAUAUCAGAAGAGGUAACACAGGGUUUCAAACACAAAACAUUAUUACAGGGAGACAAUCCUCCAUUGUAUCAAGUAAGAAGAAAUUGUUUGAUCAGAUAGUGACAGCCUUAAAGGGUCAGUCUAGGCACCAUAACUACUACAGACCGCAGUAGCAUUAACAAUAUUUUUGAAUGGUUUAACACUUACCUGGUUCCCCAGGUUCCUCCAGUCAGGUCUUCUUUUUUUGAUAUCGCUAGUGUGUAUAUAGAAACAUAGAAUGUGACAGCAGAUUAGAACCAUCCGGCCCAUCUAGUCUGCCCAAUUUUCAAAAUACUUUCAUUAGUCCCUGGCCUUAUCUUAUAGUUAGGAUAGCCUUAUGCCUAUCCCACGCAUGCUUAAACUCCUUUACUGUGUUAACCUCUACCACUUCAGCUGGAAGGCUAUUCCAUGCAUCCACUACCCUCUCAGUAAAGUAAUACUUCCUGAUAUUAUUUUUAAACCUUUGUCCCUCUAAUUUAAGACUAUGUCCUCUUGUUGUGGUAGUUUUUCUUCUUUUAAAUAUAGUCUCCUCCUUUACUGUGUUGAUUCCCUUUAUAUAUUUAAAUGUUUCUAUCAUAUCCCCCCUGUCUCGUCUUUCCUCCAAGCUAUACAUGUUAAGAUCCUUUAACCUUUCCUGGUAAGUUUUAUCCCGCAAUCCAUGAACCAGUUUAGUAGCCCUUCUCUUAACCCUCUCUAAGGUAUCAAUAUCCUUCUGAAGAUACGGUCUCCAGUACUGUGUACAAUACUCCAAGUGAGGUCUCACCAGUGUUCUGUACAAUGGCAUGAGCACUUCCCUCUACCUACUAUCCUCCCCCUGAGCUCCCACCCCUGGCAGGUGGGGGCCCUAAAAAACAAUAAGGGGGGGACCUACUGUCCCCCCCCCCGGCCCCCACCCCUGAGCAGAGGGUGGGGGCCCUAUAUAAGAAUGGGGGGGGAACUACUGUCCUCCCCCCCGGCCCCCACCCAUGAGCGGUGGGUGGGGGCCCUAAAAAACAAUAUGGGGGGGACCUACUACAGGGGAGGAGGACAGUAAGUCUACUGUCCUCCCCCCUCUGGCCCCCACCCCUGAGCGGUGGGUGGGGACCCUAAAAAACAAUAACGGGGGGACCUACUGUCCUCGCCCCAUGGCCCCCACCCCUGAGCGGUGGGUGGGGGCCCUAAAAAAACAAUAAGGGGAGGACCUACUACAGGGGGGGAGGACACCCCUGAGCGGUGGGUGGGGCCCUAAAAAACAAUAAGGGGAGGACCUACUGUCCUCCCCCUGACCCCCACCCCGAGUGGUGGGUGGGGGCCCUAAAAAAACAAUAAGGGGAGGACCUACUGUCCCCCCCCCAGCCCCCACCCCUGAGCGGCGGGUGGGGGCCCUAAAUGAAAAUUCACCCCCCCUCAAUCAAGGUGACUAGAGGUCCCAAGCCCCUAGUCACCUCCCCACCCAAAUAAAACUAUCCCCUACCUAACCCCCUCACCCUAAAAAUAGUGAGGGGGGAAUAAAAUAACUAACCUGUAAAGAAAAAUUAAACUUACCAUUUGAUGUCUUCUUUUUUCUAAAAUCUUCAUUUUUCAGCUCAAAAAAAGGCCAAAUAAAAAGCCAUCAUACCCGUCGAACUUAAAAUGAAAUAAAAAACCUGAGCGCAAAAAAAAAUCCAGACGAAAAAGAAAAAACCCAACGCUAAAAAAAUUAAUCCAUCUUCACCCAUGGAGGGCUCCGCGCAGACUGAGCUCUGCAGGGCGGGGAAGGCUUAUAAAGCCUUGCCCCGCCCUGCAAUUAGGCUAAGAACACUCUGAUUGGUUGGUUUAAGCCAAUCAGAGUGCUCUUUGUCAUUUUACACAGCGUGGGAAAAUUCCAAAGAACUUUCCCACACUGUGUAAAAUGACACAGAGCACUUUGAUUGGUUAGAUUUCAAGCCAUCCAAUGAGAGUGGUCUGUGUCAUUUUACACAGCGUGGGAAAGUUCUUUGGAAUUUUGAUGGGGGACCAGGGGGGAGGACACCAUUCUUAUAUAGGGCCCCCACCCACCGCUCAGGGGUGGGGGCCAGGGGGGAGGACAGUAGGUCCCCCCCCUUAUACUUAUUUAGGGCCCCCACCCGCCGCGCAGGGGUGGGGGCCGGGGGGGUGGACAAUAGGUCCCCCCAUUGUGAUUUAUUGCCCCCAUCCACCGCGCAUGGUUGGGUUCCAGGGGGGAUUUAUUGUAUUAUUGCCCCCACCCAGCGCGCAGGGGUGGGGGGCGGUUAGUAGGUUGUUGUUUUUUUAACAGUGAGCAGCCACAAGUAUAGCGGGUAGGGACAGAUCAUUUACUAAUACUAAGUAAUCUUUACUUAGUAUUAGUAAAGUUUGCUGAAAGACCAAUUUAGAUCUUUCAGCCUUUUGGAAGAUAACUCCCUAAUACCGUGGGAAUUAGGGAGUUAUCUACUUAGCGGCUGCAAGAUGCAGCCGCGGCACAAAUUGAAUCGGAGUUUCAUUAAUUCAAAUUAAAUUCCGAUACGAACAAAGUGCCGAAUUGAGUUCUAAAACAAAUGAACAUACUGUUCUCAUUCAGUUAGAACGCAAUUCGGCAGUUUCGUCUAAAAUGACAGGAAGCAUCGCGAGAUCACAGAGGAAAGUGAAGAAUUAUGGGAAAAUUGCUCUGACCAGCGGAAAUGAAGCACACUUUGCUCCUCCGCUGGUCAAAGCUAACCUAACAGGGUUAUUUACUAAAGUCAGAAUUCAGAGUGAAUUUCAGCUUUAAUGCCAGAGUUGCUGAAUGGAAAGUAUUGCUGAUCUAGACACUUUUUUCAGUUCAGCUAUCUUAACAUUAAAUAUGAAAUUUACUUUGAAUUUACUUGGACCAGAGCCUGUGUUAACCCUCUAGUUACCAGAGCCCCGGAUAGGUAACAUGUAAAUGAAUGAAAAAUCAAAACACAAGAUUACUUUAUAAAUGAUAUAGUAAUGAUUAAAUACACACAUGCUCCCACAACCAUAAGAAGUUAAGCUCAUUCAAGUUGUUGGGGGGGACAAAAGUGUCCGGCUCCAUCUGAGCUUCAAGAGUUAAACCAUGUUGCUAAGGUUUAACCUCGAAGCUGGGGCUCCGUUGCCCUCAUCUUCCUUCCUCUCUGUGCGGACACUUUCAGCCAUGACCAGCUGCAAACUAACCGUUGUCAUACUACGGCACAAAGAGAAAGGAAGCCAAGGUGGCAGCGGACUUGGUGCGUUAAACUCUUGCCCAAUAGGAACAGACCUUGGAUAUCACAUAAUUGGGUUCAUUUUGUUCAUCUGCCUCCGUCUCAUUGCUCAUGCCAGUGUCUUAGUGUUUUAUCCUUAUGGUAUUGUUUAACUAACCAUGUGUCCGGCAGUCCCAGCAGUCCCCACUGCUUUCUUAACAGGUUUUAUUUUGUUAUCCUUUUACAGCAUUUUAUUCACUCUUUACAACUGAUUGCUGUAUUUUUGUAUUUGUACGGCAGGAUGGCAGUACCCUAAUGCACAUUGCUUCGCAGUGCGGGCAUCCAGAAACAGCACUGGCAUUUUUGAAGAAGGGGGUUCUGCUUCAUAUGCCCAACAAGGUAGUGUUUGAUGGCGUAAUGACAGACCAAGAGGGUUUCACUAUAGACAUGGAUGAGUUUCCAUGUAGCUAAUAUAGCUUUUCCUCUUUUAAAGACACAGGGUAACUGUAAAGCAAGAGAACAAGUUCUGUCUCUGAUCUUGUUGGGGCCUACCUUUUAAGUGGUGAUAGUGUCAUAACUAAUGCACAAAGAGGGACAAUUUUAGGGGUGUGUGGUCAGGGGCGGGGUGGGUUGGUCUAAAAUAUUUUAGGUGAUGUACUAAUAGCUAUUAAUGCAACUAAAAUAUAAUUUAAAACAAGAACAAUGUUUUCUUAUUUACACAGACUGAUUUCCAAACACAUCUAUUGUAGUUUAAAGAGACACUGGGAGUAUUAUUGCUGUGGAGCUCUGUUAUACACUCAGACACAUUACUGGGAGUAUUAUUGCUGGGGAGCUCUGUUAUACACUCAGACACAUUACUGGGAGUAUUAUUGCUUUGGAGCUCUGUUAUACAGACACAUUACUGGGAGUAUUAUUGCUGUGGAGCUCUAUUAUACACAUUACUGGGAGUAUUAUUGCUGUGGAGCUCUGUUAUACACUCAGACACAUUACUGGGAGUAUUAUUGCUGUGGAGCUCUGUUAUACCCUCAGACACAUUACUGGGAGUAUUAUUGCUGUGGAGCUCUGUUAUACACUCAGACACAUUAUUGGGAGUAUUAUUGCUGUGGAACUCUGUUAUACACUCAGACACAUUACUGGGAGUAUUAUUGCUGCGGAGCUCUGUUAUACACUCAGACACAUUACUGGGAGUAUUAUUGCUGUGGAGCUCUGUUAUGCACUCAGACACGUUACUGGGAGUAUUAUUGCUGUGGGGCUCUGUUAUACACUCAGACACAUUACUGGGAGUAUAAUUGCUGUGGAGCUCUGUUAUACACUCAGACAUUACUGGGAGUAUUAUUGCUGUGGAGCUCUGUUAUACACUCAGACACAUUACUGGGAAUAUUAUUGCUGUGGAGCUCUGUUAUACACUCAGACACAUUACUGGGAAUAUUAUUGCUGUGGAGCUCUGUUAUACACUCAGACACAUUACUGGGAGUAUUAUUGCUGUGGAGCUCUGUUAUACACUCAGACACAUUACUGGGAGUAUUAUUGCUGUGGAGCUCUGUUAUGCACUCAGACACAUUACUGGGAGUAUUAUUGCUGUGGAGCUCUGUUAUACACUCAGACACAUUACAGGGAGUAUUAUUGCUGUGGAGCUCUGUUAUACACUCAGACACAUUGCUGGGAGUAUUAUUGCUGUGGAGCUCUGGUAUACACUCAGACACAUUACUGGGAGUAUUAUUGCUGUGGAGCUCUGUUAUACACUCAGACACAUUACUGGGAGUAUUAUUGCUGUGGAGCUCUGUUAUACACUCAGAAACACCAACAAUACAGAGCUCCUAGAAAAGAGGGACAUAAGGAGAGAAAAUAGGGACACAGGGAUUUUUCGCCAAAAUAGGGACUAUUCUUCCUAAAUAGGGACACUUGGGAGGUAUGUAACAAUGCUAAGGGAGAAAAUAGAAUAAUAUGAGUGUUCUCUUACUAUGUUGUUUUAUGUCAAGUCAGGAGCAGUGUGUCUACAUGCGGCGGCCAAGAGAGGACAUACUGCUGUUGUCAAAGCUCUGUUACAAAAGGGCGCUAACGUGGACGCUCGAACCAAGGAUAAUUACACAGCCCUGCACAUUGCCGCUGAGAACUGCAAGCCGCAAGUGGUGCAGACGUUGCUUGGCUUUGGGGCACAAGUGCAGCUGAAAGGAGGAAAGGCAAGUCUCAUAGAGCUGCACAAAACGGUUUGAAAUAAAAAACCCUAAUUAUGGUCAACACAUUUUUUUUCCUGUGAUGUUUAUGAAUCCUGCAUUCUGUCAGGGAGGGGAUUGAAAGUGCUGCUCGGCAGUGUGCAGAAUUCACUCUUUCUGGGUCUAUAUCUUAUAUCAGAAAUGCUUAUAAAUGAUGAAUGCUUUACUGAUUCAAAGUGUUACACCAUGUGCACACUAGAUGGCGAUAAAUAACAACACUGUCGGUUUAUCAUACCCCUCUACCUUAUAAACAUUGAAUUGCAAGAACUAUUGUGUCUAUAUAAGUUGUACAGGAAAGUUGAAUAAUAAUAAUACAUUGCAUAAAUACCAAGGUAGUAGUUUAUUUGUAAAUGAACCAAAUUACAGGCAAUCAGGGCCGGACUGGGGGUACAAAGCAGCCCUGGGAAAAAAAUCUGUGCCAGCCCCAUAAGUCACUGCGCCAUAUAUUGUCGCGUGUAAUAUGUCUUGCCACCCCAUAUGAUUGAGUAAUUAAUAUAUUAUAUAUAUAGAUAUAUUGCCUUCUCUAAUAUAAAAUAUUGCUCCUUUCAGAGUAAAACGUUUAAUUAUACAGUAAGCAUACUCACAUGCAGACACAGACAAUCUCACUAACACACACAAGCUCAUUGAUACACAGGCUUAUAGACAAACAAUCUCACUGACACACACAAGCUCAUUGAUACACAGGCUCAGAGACAAAAUCUCAGUGAUAUACAUAAGCUCAUUGACAUACAAACACAAGCUCACUCACUAGGCACACACACAUCCUAGCAAGCGCACUCAGUAGCAGGCACACACACAUGCAAGCAAGCGCACUCACUAGCAGGCGCACACACAUACACAGCUUAAUGUAGUGGUUCUGGUGUCUAUACCCUGUCUCUGCAGGCUUUUCAAUGUAAACACUGACUUUUCAUAUAUAUGCUUCCUAGUGGCAGACACUCAGACGGUCACUAGAGGUGCUUCCUGUGUCAGUGCGGAUUGGCGGAGGUCAUCAAGCUUGAUGAUCUCAGCCAUAGAGGCAGGGCCAGUCGAGGAGAGACCAGCAUGACGUGAGGGAAAAAAAGGUGAGUAAAAACACUAUUGAUAAAAACACAGACACACACAUACCAUGACAGACACACACACGCACACCUUGACACACACACACUAUGACAGACCCACACCUUGACAGACACACAUACACACCAUGACACAGAUACAUACACACCAUGACACAGACAGACACACAUACACUCACACUGACACACAUAAUUGCUACCUGUGUGCAGACAGCUGUCUGGGCUGGCGGCCGCAGGGUGAGCUCUUCUUCUGGCGGCCGCAAGGUGAACUCUGAGGGCGGCCGCAGAGAGAGCUGGCUGUUCUGUCUCUGCUCCCCCCCCCCCUCGCAUGCAGCUUAAUGAGACCGCAGCCAGAAUAUGACGUCAUAUUCUGGCCGCGGUCUCAUUCAGCAGCGCGCGAAGGCGGGAGAGCAGAGACAGUACAGCCAGCUCUCCCUGUGGCCGCCCUCAGAGCUCACCCUGCAGCCGCCAGAAGAAGAGCUCACCCUGCAGCCACCAGAAGAGCUCACCCUGCGGCCGCAGGUCAGCCAGCUGUCUGCCCGGCUCCAGGUGCCGACGACCCAAGGGGAAAUUUUCCGGUAUCCCGGUGGGCCAGUCCAGCCCUGCAGGCAAUGCAAUAUAAGGUGCAAAUUCAUGCAGGCUAACCACUGAAAACAGGGACACUCCAAAAACCUUGCAAGAAACAAGUGCAAAAAUAGCUGUAUAAAAACCAAAGUUUAAAAUACAGUGACAGGGCACCACAAUCACAAAUGGUGAGAAGGAUAUAUUUAUCAAAAUGAUGAGGAGUACAUGGAACUAUAAAAGAGAAAAAUAUAAAAGAUCAUAGCGCAAACUUUAAUAGAUAUAAAUGAUCAAAAAAAAAAAAAAAAGAAAAACUCACAAACAUAGUGGCACGAUUGAAAUAAUCAAUAUGUGCAACUGCACUUUGAGUCCCCAGAAAUGCCAGUCUCUUGUAAACACCUCUGAAUAUCAGAAGGGCUUCCUCCACUGACUAUUGCUGUUUGAAAGUCAAGAGUCAGGUACUAAAUUCACCGCUGGGCUAAAGUCCUUUUGGGGGUAUAAUGCUGCUCAACGCGUUUCGUCCUAUUCGUGUAAUCAAUUCUUUACUCCUCUGCGUUUUAAUACGCCGGGUAGCGUCUUUCAAAUAUGUUUGCGCAUGCACCGAGGCGUAUAGACGGGACGUAAAAACACCCCGUCGACACCUCACGUGCAUGUGCGUUUCGCUUUGGAAUGCAAACAAACUUAAUUUAUGUAAGUAGAGGCGGAAGAUCACCGGCAAGUAUCUAAAACCCGGACAUAUCACGCCCAAUGCUAAACACACAUUUAAAUAUUCACAUAUCAGGUGUGUAUCUCAGUGAGCUAAUAACCCAAUUGUAUGUGUGAAAAAGUAAAAAUGUAAAAACCAGAUUCCAUGGUAAAACAUACAGAAACAGUAUAAUCUUAAAGAGACAGUAUGAUUUUAUACGCAGAAUAAUAAAGAUACAAAAAAUACGUUGCAAAUAUCAUCUGUAAAAAUACAUAUGUAAAGAAAUGCAUCAAAACCACGAUGGGGAAAAGAGUACACAUCAGUCAAAUAAUCCUAAAUGAUCUAAAGAGGAGGUAAAGACAUAAUGAUAACAAAUAUAAAUUAUAUCUAGAGGAGAAGUUAAAAAAGGAGAAAAAAUAUUAAUUUGAAUCAAUCUUAAAAUAGCAAAAAAUAUUAAGUCUACAUAAGCAAUAACAAUAAGAAGCAAUAAAAAAAGUCUAUAAUAAAUAUAAAACUUAUACAAGUGGGAGCUAAACCCUAAUGGAAUCAAUCCAUAAAGUCCAAAAUGUCCAAAUCGGUGUUCAGGCCGGACGGCACUGAAGUUUUAAGUUUAAAAAUCCAUUCUGUUUCUUUCAUUGCUAAUGUUUUUUCUAUGUCACCUCCCGUCCAGUGGGGGGUGACUACAUCAAUACCGAUACAAGUAAAUUACUCAAGUUUAAAAUCUUUACAAUGAAUACAAUGUCUCGGUACGCUGUGUUUAAGAUUUGUUCUGUUGAUUCCAUUAAAAUGCUCUAAAAGCCUUACAUAUAGUUUACGAACGGUGAGCCCUACAUAUUGUGUGCCACAUUUACAUUGUAGCAGAUACACUACAUUCUUGCUUUGACAGUUGAUUAACUGCUUAAUUCUAAAAACUUCUCAAACUACUUCUUCAUUUGUAACCUGCCAGAUAACUGAUUUAAGUGUUUAUUAUAAAUUUUAGAAGCAGAGAUUAUGCUGUCAGAUGAGAAUCAUUUCACUCACCUGGCCAAGAAAUGCGAUACACGUUUUAUGUAUUUGUUGAAUUUUUAUUAUCCUAUUGUACAUUCCAUUCUUCGAUAGGCUUUACUGCUUCCCUGAAAGACUCUCGGAGGUGUCUGCUAUGGGUCAGAUAGCUACAUUGAUAAAGCUCCAGUUUCUAUAUUGUAGGGUCACUGGUUUAAUUCUUCGAAAGAUCAGCUGAGCCAUCUAACCUCCUUAGGGUGAUACAGUGAAUGCCACAAUUCGGUUUUAUACAGAAAGUACAUUAAGGAUAUGAGCAUUGUUAAAAUAUCCAUACGUUUGUCUGACAGUACUGAGAAUUAUUGUCCGUGGAAGCACUUUGAGAACUGCUAUGUUUCUCUAGGUUCAGGAGACACCCCUUCACAUUGCGGCCCGUGUUAAGGAUGGCGAGAAGGUGGUGGAGAUGCUGCUGAAGAGUGGGGCAGAUGUUAAUGUGGAGCAGGAGGUAACAUGGAGCUUUACAUUAACAUGCAUGGAGCGGGGUGAAUCCAGCUGGCGUUAGAUGUUUAGAAUGUUUGAGAAGGAUAUUAGAAUUACAUGACAUCAUACCAGCCGGGCUAUUGACUAAAAUGAGAUUUGUAGAGAAUUCAAAGGGAAUUUAAAUUUAAGACCAGACCAGCUAAAGUUGAAAAAUUCUCCAAGUUUGCUAUGCUUCCAUUUUGCCUACUUUGGCUUUAAAGGAACACUAGAGUGCUAGGAAUGCAAACAUGUAUUCUAAUGCUAUAGUGCCCUUGCCCCUAAUUAUAUACUGCCCCUACGUUUAAAAAAAAUAAAAUAAUAAAGUGAACAUUUUUACUUACUUUUUUCCAAUGCAGGGGCUGCCACGUCACAGCUCACCUCUCAUAAUAUCAUAGUGGAGGAUCUCCUCCGGCGAUGGUCAAAUCCAAUUGUCCUUAUGGCUGCAUUCCCCAUAGGAAAGAACUGAAUUUAAUAAGUUCUUAUGAGCUUUGACAUCACGUGAGCAAAUAUUACUCACUGAGUGCAGCGGGAGUGCUUCUAAUGGUUGUCAGGAAGACAGUGUAUAGGGGUGGAUUGAAACAUGAUAUGUAAACAUCGCAGCUUCUAAAAUGAUCUCAAUUAAGUGAUCUAGCUGACUAUACUGUCCCUUUAAAUUUGAAAUUCAAGUUGAAUUCCCAACAAUUCUCACUGUUUAUUCUAAUAUCUUCUGGGUUUUCUGAUAAUUGUGAGUAAAAAUCAGUAAAGUCAAGAGUAGUUUUAUUUAUUUAUUCUAUUCACUAUGUAACACCAGUAAUGGUGGGAACAGACAGGGCUCACAAUUUCAAGUCCUAAGCUACCAAACCAGGGGUGCCCAAUAGGUAGAUCCCCAGAUGUUUUAAAACUACAGCUCCCAUAAUGCAUUGCUUUUCUAAAAGGCAUUCUAAGAGCAUAAAAACCAUCAUUGGAGUUAUAGUUUUACAACAUCUGGGGAUCUACAUUUUGGGCACCCCUUUACUAGACAUAAAAUAUAUAAAUCUUCUCACUCAUAGCACACUCACCUGGACUGAGUUUCUGCUUGCCAGACUAAGCUUUGAAUUGUCAAUGGCUAGUGGCUGAGUGGAAAUUGUGAGCCCUGGGAGCAGGUUCUCAGAUACUCAUUAUUAUUAAUCAGUAAUGGCAGAAGUAAUUAUUAUUUAUAAAGCAGUUUUUCGGAUACUCACUAUUAAACAGCAAUUAUUUUUGUUAUUAUUACUAUUAAUGUCUGACGUAUGACCUAGAACCAUGUCAAGACUAUUUUAUUUAAACUUUAAGUCUGGCAAUGAAUGGAAUACUGUCAUUUUAAUCAACAGGAUGGUGAGACAGCAAUGCACGUAGCGGCUCGUCAUGGGAACUUGAAGGUGCUCACUGCGCUGAUUGAAGAUGGAGGUGAACUCACUUGGCUGUCAAAGGUAACCUGAAGAAUUAAUAUUUAAUCAUCUGCUACUGUAACAGGCCUGGUUUUCACACGCUGGAACAUCUGCAGCUUUGCAAAUUAAUACACAACAAUGCUUAUCAGAUGACCUUUAGAUGGCUCCGCUGGCUGCAUACACGAGUUGUUAGCAGCAACUGAGCACAUUUUAAAAAUGUGUGGGUUUUUUUGUGUGGAAAACAGCCCUCUGAUAUGCUCAGUCUGCUACUAGAACUGAUUAGUGAUGUCACCCAUUCACUUUGCAUUGGGAACUCUAAGCCUGGUGCCCCAGAAUACAGACUCUGCCUUCUCUCAAACAAGGAUACAAGGAAAGAGCCCGAGUAGUGGGUUAGGUUUAAGAAUUCAGUACUCACCCAAGACACUGCUGCUCCUUCAUGCUAAUUGAGAUAUCGUUUCAUUUAUGUAUUUUAUUUUUAGCAUUCUUGGGUUGUCAUUCUUAGUAGCUUGAUAUUGCAAUGUCAUACAUGUCAAUUAUUAUUUUAAUAAAUAUUACUAAAUGACAUGAUUAAAUGUAAAACUCCACUAAUUUUACAUAUUGAGGUUCUGUGGGGUGACCAUCACGCUUUUGCCAUUAAUAGAGUUUACUUAUUUAUGUCAGACUGUGUAAAAUAAUAUCCAUUCCUCAUAACAUUUCUAAACUGUUUGAGUUUAAUUUAUUAAACACCUGAUUGUAGUGAAUUAAAAAAUUAAUUGCAACAUUUAGGCAAAAUAGCUUAACUGUGAGUUUAGAUUUUUUUUCCAAAACAGGUAUUUUUGCCAAUAUUUUGCAGUUUGAUUUUCAAUUGAUUACAGUUUGUGAUAAAUCAUAGUAAGUAAAACAUUUCAUUUCUGCAUCAGGAAUUUAACCCAGACUACUUAAUCCAGGCUACCUGGGUAAAAAUGAAAACGGCCUUAUGACUGCUAGCAGAUUCCUUCCAAGUACAUACAUCCCAAGUGUCCAGUAUUUAGGAGGGACAGUUCCUAUUUUGGGCCCAAAUUUCUCUCUCCCUCUUUCUCUCCCAAUGUCCUCCUUCUCUAGGAGCUCCAUGUUGUUGGUGUCUCUGAGUGUAUAACAGAGCUCCACAGCAAUAAUACUCCCAGUAACGUCUCUGAGUGUAUAACAGAUCUCCACAGCAAUAAUACUCCCAGUAAUGUGCCUGAGUGUAUAACAGAGCUCCACAGCAAUAAUACUCCCAGUAAUGUGUCUGAGUGUAUAACAGAGCUCCACAGCAAUAAUACUCCCAGUAAUGUGUCUGAGUGUAUAACAGAGCCCCACAGCAGUAAUACUCCCAGUAAUGUGUCUGAGUGUAUAACAGAGCUCCACGGCAAUAAUACUCCCAGUAAUGUGUCUGAGUGUAUAACAGAGCACCACAGCAAUAAUACCCCCAGUAAUGUGUCUAAGUGUAUAACAGAGCUCCACAGCAAUAAUACUCCCAGUAAUGUGUCUGAGUGUAUAACAGAGCUCCUCAGCAAUGAUACCCCCAGUAAUGUGUCUGAGUGUAUAACAGAGCUCCACAGCAAUAAUACUCCCAGUAAUGUGUCUGAGUGUAUAACAGAGCUCCACAGCAAUAAUAUUCCCAGUAAUGUGUCUGAGUGUAUAAUAGAGCUCCACAGCAAUAAUACUCCCAGUAAUGUGUCUGAGUGUAUAACAGAGCUCCACAGCAAUAAUACUCCCAGUAAUGUGUCUGAGUGUAACAGAGCUCCACAGCAAUAAUACUCCCAGUAAUGUGUCUGAGUGUAUAACAGAGCUCCACAGCAAUAAUACUCCCAGUAAUGUGUCUGAGUGUAUAACAGAGCUCCACAGCAAUAAUACUCCCAGUAAUGUGUCUGAGUAUAUAACAGAGCCCCACAGUAAUAAUACUCCCAGUAAUGUGUCUGAGUGUAUAACAGAGCUCCACAGCAAUAAUACUCCCAGUAAUGUGUCUGAGUGUAUAACAGAGCCCACAGCAAUAAUACUCCUAGUAAUGUGUCUGAGUGUAUAACAGAGCUCCACAGCAAUAAUACUCCCAGUAAUGUGUCUGAGUGUAUAACAGAGCUCCACAGCAAUAAUACUCCCAGUAAUGUGUCUGAGUGUAUAACAGAGCUCCACAGCAAUAAUACUCCCAGUAAUGUGUCUUGUGUUUAAGAUAACUCCACAGCAAUACUACUCCCAGUAAUGUGUUUUAGUGUUUAACAUAACUCCACAGCAAUAAUACUCCUAGUAAUGUGUCUGAGUAUAUAACAGAGCUCCACAGCAAUAAUACUCCCAGUAAUGUGUCUGAGUAUAUAACAGAGCUCCACAACAAUAAUACUCCCAGUAAUGUGUCUAAGUGUAUAACAGAGCUCCACAGCAAUAAUACUCCCAGUAAUGUGUCUGAGUGUAUAGCAGAGCUCCACAGCAAUAAUACUCCCAGUUAUGUGUCUGAGUGUAUAACAGAGCUCCACAGCAAUAACACUCCCAGUAAUGUGUCUGAGUGUAUAACAGAGCUCCACAGCAAUAAUACUCCCGGUAAUGUGUCCGAGUGUAUAACAGAUCUCCACAGCAAUAAUACUCCCAGUAACAUGUCUGAGCGUAUAACAGAGCUCCACAGCAAUAAUAGUCCCAGUAAUGUGUCUGAGUGUAUAACAGAGCUUCACAGUAAUAAUACUCCAGUAAUGUGUCUGAGUGUAUAACAAAGCUCCACAGCAAUAAUACUCCCAGUAAUGUGUCUGAGUGUAUAACAGAGCUCCACAGCAAUAAUACUCCCAGUAAUGUGUCUGAGUGUAUAACAGAGCUCCACAGCAAUAAUACUCCCAGUAAUGUGUCUUAGUGUAUAACAGAGCUCCACAGCAAUAAUACUCCCAGUAAUGUGUCUGAGUGUAUAACAGAGCUCCACAGCAAUAAUACUCCCAGUAAUGUGUCUGAGUGUAUAACAGAGCUCCACAGCAAUAAUACUCCCAGUAAUGUGUCUGAGUGUAUAACAGAGCUCCACAGCAAUAAUACUCCCAGUAAUGUGUCUGAGUGUAUAACAGAGCUCCACAGCAAUAAUACUCCCAGUAAUGUGUCUGAGUGUAUAACAGAGCUCCACAGCAAUAAUACUCCCAGUAAUGUGUCUGAGUGUAUAACAGAGCUCCACAGCAAUAAUACUCCCAGUAAUGUGUCUGAGUGUAUAACAGAGCUCCACAGCAAUAAUACUCCCAGUAAUGUGUCUGAGUGUAUAACAGAGCUCCACAGCAAUAAUACUCCCAGUAAUGUGUCUGAGUGUAUAACAGAGCUCCACAGCAAUAAUACUCCCAGUAAUGUGUCUGAGUGUAUAACAGAGCUCCACAGCAAUAAUACUCCCAGUAAUGUGUCUGAGUGUAUAACAGAGCUCCACAGCAAUAAUACUCCCAGUAAUGUGUCUGAGUGUAUAACAGAGCUCCACAGCAAUAAUACUCCCAGUAAUGUGUCUGAGUGUAUAACAGAGCUCCACAGCAAUAAUACUCCCAGUAAUGUGUCUGAGUGUAUAACAGAGCUCCACAGCAAUAAUACUCCCAGUAAUGUGUCUGAGUGUAUAACAGAGCUCCACAGCAAUAAUACUCCCAGUAAUGUGUCUGAGUGUAUAACAGAGCUCCACAGCAAUAAUACUCCCAGUAAUGUGUCUGAGUGUAUAACAGAGCUCCACAGCAAUAAUACUCCCAUGUUUUUUUUUUAUUCUAUAUUUUGAAAUUGUCAUCGCAUACAAUUCGAAACAAAAAGUACAUAGCAUAUCAAAAAAGGCCAUACCAUCUGACUGUCCAAUAAAAUAUGAUGCAUGUUAGUCCAUCGAAAGCCGCUGUAUCACCUCAUAAUCUCUGAUAAGCGAUAGUAACCGUUGCAUAUCUGAUGACAAGGCUUUUUAGAAAUAAUUAGAAAUGUAGUAUAACAGUGGUUUUAACGAGAGAGAGAGAGAGAGGGAGAGGGAGAGGGAGUGAAUAAUACUAGUAGGUAGGUACGUUCCAGCUGGUGGAACUACAUGUACUGGCCCAACCAAGACACAAAAGAGCAAACAUGUAGAUAGAACGAAAAAGGGGAGGGGAAGGAGAGAAUUUGAGAAUAAAGGAAUACCAGUGAUGUUCCCUAUGUGAGAGCUAUCUACCAUAGUUAGGGUAACCGUUCAAGGUACGUGGGAAUACCUGUUACGUCCAGAGAGCUUUCCUUCCCUCCUGUUUCUGCCUGCCGAGGGUGGGGUUCGGGAUUCUGUUUACUGGGUCAAAGGGAGUAAUGUGUCUUUACAUUUUAAAAAUGUUCUAAAUUACAGUUUAAAUUUAGUUGCAUGAAUUGAUAUUAGUAAGUUAUCUAAAAUUUCUCAGAACAACCAUGCCAUUGGUCACAUCCCUAAAAUUAUAGGGUUGUAACCAAAGGGUCCACUUUGUCAAUUUGAAAUGUUGAGAGGAAUGCAAGUAAAUAGAUCAAUGGCAUAGCUUUACACUAUAAUUGUCGAAUAUAUCCACAGUUUUUCUGUUGCUGAUAUUUUCCUUGCAAGAGCAAUAUAAGUGGUCUACUCCCCAUGAAAGUGCAGAUCAAAAGCUCUCUGAGCCUCCCUUCAUUAAAGGGUCAGUUAUGGAGAUCUUUGACCUCGCCACCAGUCAUGGUACAGAACAGAACAUUCUUUAUUCCAGUGCUCUGUUUGCCUGAUGGUCAGUCUGAGCCUCAUUGGUCGUAUCGCUGGCAUUGAAAAUGUUAAACACAUUGAAUAAAGAUGUUUUGGGGUUUGUUUGUUUUUUUGCAAAUAUACUUUACCAUUUCACAUAAGUCAAAUAGGUUAGUAAGUGCAGUUUAUAGAAAUUGUGGCAGAAACAAAUUUUAGAGGUGGAUUCUUAUCAUCUUAACACUUAACCAAUCACCACUGGUCCAUGAUCUGUUUAUCUGUUGACGGGACACCUUAUCUAGCACCAUGUUCAACUACCAGUCCAAAGAUAUUCUAGAAAUAGACAGAUAUUAGUUGAUUUUAUUGGUGUUACCUGAUCUGUAUCUUAAUGAUGUUCAUGUUAAAAGCUGCAAUUGUAUUUUAACUUUUACACAUUCUCUAGUCUAGAGAAAGCCCUCUCCACACCGCGGUUCGACAGUGCCAGCUACCUGUUGUACAAGUUAUUCUCAAUUACUUGGCCAAUGAAAAGAGCCGAGCAGACGCUGUAGCCUGUGUUAACCAGGCCAACAAGGUGAGUGUGCAUUUACCCUCAAUUAGCCCUCUUAUAGUCAAUCAAAGUACGGGUGAUUGAAAGGGUAUAACAUAGUGACAUUAAACUGUAAUUUAGCCAUGAGUUGUGGUGCUCUUUAUAAAGCAUUGUGGUAGGAAAAUGGCUACAGAAUUUGUAGAAUAAAAUACAAUGAUUAAAGGCAUGUUGACUGGUGGCUGCUUAUGCAAUGCAUUGGGCAAAAUGGUCAUUGGAACUACACAUCAAUCUUACUUCUAAAUCAGAAUAUAGAGAGCCAGAUUCACAUGGCAGGUGCUUGAAGGCAAAGAUUUCUAAGGGGCUCUACGGUUUACAGUUCUGAUAAGAGGGAUGUUUAGGAGUAUUGGAUUUAUGGCUAGAGUAGGGUUACAUUUAAUAUCGGGGGACAGGUGUAGUUUAGUUUUUGAAAGAAGUAAAACUUAGGAUUAAAGUAAGGUUUUUCAGGUCUAGGCUUUGUGUUUUGAAAUGUGGGAAGAAGGAAAGGCUAUGUUUAGGUUUUGGAACAGGGUUAGGAACAGGGCAUUUAGGGUACAUUCAUGUGGAGUUUGAAGGGUUAUCUGCAAAGCACUCAUUCUCCUAUGUCUUCUGUAGUCCAGUCAGUCUCCUACGAUUGAUAUUAGAGCUGCAGGAGCUAUUAUACAUUGUGCAUCACUCAAUGCCAUCCCUGCUCCUCCUGCAAGGCAUUUAUUGUGUAAAGGCUGUUAAUGGCAAGUUAACAGCUUUCAUUAGCUUUCAUUUGUCUUUUCCACCUUAUUAUUAAGUAGCCAGAUAAAAUAGGUCCAUAUAUUAUAGAUAUACUAUAAAUAUUGAUAACAAAAGGUCAAUGUGAAGGAAUAACCCCAUCACUUUCAGCUUCUUUCGCGGAAACGUAUUCUUGUUUAACCUUGUUUGUUUAUUUUGGUUCGGUUCACGAACAAAGACCACCCCAGAGACGCAUUAGAAUGUGGGACGUUUAGUAUCUUGUACGAAAACCGUAACAGAACUAAUUAAUAGAAUGCUCCAGAAUACCAUCUGGUCUCCCGAACGCAGGCAGUGGGAUUUGGUCGCAUUUUACACUGAUCCACUUUCAUCUAACUUAUGUGGUUUUCGUACAAUAGCCCACGAACGGAGACCGGCUCUUGUCAUAACUUCCCUGGAACUAUUUUGGGCUUCAGCCUCGUGGCAGACCAGUUAAAGCUUCCCCCGGUGCCGAUCCAAAACUACCAAAUGGGUCUGGAUGAUUUUUGGAUAUAUGGUUCGCCGAGAUCCCAGCUAUCCGGGGAUGUGACUUUUGUGGGGUUUCCAUGCAUUUUGGGGGUACUUUUGGGGUGGUUAUUUUAUCUAUGUGAUUUUCUGUUCCUGAGAGAUAAUGUAAAUAUAAAUGUGUAUUCAGAUAAUUAUCUCUUUUAGGCACAGAGGAUCCUGGGAGGGAUUUCCCUGUAUUUCUGUGUUAGAAACCCCAUGUUGGGAUUUUUGCAUAAAAGGUUGUGUGUGGCCCUGAAUAGACUCGAUUUCUCCCAGCAUUAAGUCUUGGCUUAUGUGUGGGGGGUUAUGCGACACCUGUGGCAGUAUACCUUGUGGAUUAUUGACGUUAUUUUAUUGGGAAAAGGGCAUCCGUGGCAGUGAUACUUUAGCCGACCGCCACAGUAAAUAUAUUUGAGACUAUGUAUAAAGAGCAAUACUAGAGCAAAGUGGAGUAAUCACUGUAGAAACUAGCAGUACAUAUCUGCUGAUGGGUUCCCAUGGUGAUUGCACCCCUUUUAGAAUUCUGCUCCAUUUGUGACAUGUUGCUGUCUGUUCUUUAGGACGGAGAGACGCCCCUGCACUUGGCAGCCGCAGUGAAGAAAGAUAUGAUCAGCUUGGAAGAUGAUGAUGUUAAAGUUAUCAGGAUACUUAUGGAAUAUGAUGGUGACAUCUCGUGCACGACAAGCCAGGUAAUAUGGGACAAUAUUUUAUAUAUAUAUAUAUCCUCCUCCAAAAAAUGAAGUAUUUCAUAAAGAUAAAAUGAUUGUAAAAUACUCACAUUAAGUGUGUUGGAAUUCAUAGGAUAUCAGAACACCGGCUAUUUUGCCUUAAUACUUUCCUUCCACUUAACAAAACAUGAAAAAAUGCAGAACUGCCGCCGUAAAGUUUUAUUUCCUGCAGCCAUCCCUAGUGACAUCUGCAAGGAAAAAUGCAUUGCCUAUGGAGGCUGGCGAGCUUGUGGGAUCCUCUGUAGAUAUCAGUGUUGUACAUCUGCAUAUGCGUGAGAGUGCAGCAUUGACGUUGGCUCCUGGUAGAUGACUUUCCAGGACCCAAAGAGUCCCCUGGUAGGAGAUGGUGGCUGCGGCGAGGGAACAGCUUCCGGUAAGUAAAACCUACCUUACUUUUGCAUCUCUGAUAUCAUCAUUGGUGGUCGUUGUAAAUUAUUCAAAGACCCUAGAAGAUGACAGAGCUGAUUUAAUAUUGAUCUUAGGUGACUGCCACCUCAUACAGCCAGAAACACAUUUAACAUAUUUUUUUUAGUAACUUGUAUCUGUACACUAAAAACCACAGUAAAACACAAUAUGUUGGAAUAUGUUGUUGUGGAAGGGGGCGGGCCUGUUGCAGAAAUUGCAUCAGCGGUGCUGCUCAAAGGGCACCAGAAGAAUUCAUAGUUCAGCCUAGUAUGAAUACAUGACAGCCCACCGAGGGUAGGACAUGCAGUGAGCACUGUUUCAGUGCGUCUAUUACUGCGCUACAUGUUUGGGGGACAGUUUCCAGGUGUUCCCAAAAGCAGAACACCCAGGUACAAAGUCAGGACAGUUGGGACAGGACCCUCAAAUCAGAACAGUUGGGAGGCAUGUGAUAAUUCAAGUUGGAGACUGGUCGUAAAGGAUUUAAGCUGGUUUACUAGUAAAUUUGUGGUUAAAUAAUAUAUGUCAUGUACUGUCCUAGAUCACAUUCUUGCAGACAGUGCAAAUAUUGCCCCUCGAAUACGGCAUCUCUCACUUCUCUCUGUUUACUUUAUAUCCCUCUGCUUUGUAAACGGUGUUCAAAUUUGGCUCCAACAUCUGUUUAACCCAAGACGGUACUGAUACAUUAAAGUCUUUUGGCUUUUCAAAACUGCCAAGUAUGAGUCUGUUUCUGAAAUUAGUGUUUAUAUGUAUUUUGUUUUAAAAAUAAACGUGAAGUGCUUUGAGUUGAACACUCAGGAAUUUUCAAUCGCAACCAACAAAGAAUAUAAAACAGCUACUCGCUAAGAAUGCUAUUAAAUAAUGCUCUUAGAUUAACAAGAUAACGCACACGAUAUUUUAUUGGUUUUCCACUAAAGUGAGUUAAUUGCAAGCUUUGAUACCAGUUUAUGUAGUAAGUUAAUAAAAUCUUUACAAGAUAACAUGCUGACAUUUUUCUUUUAUGGGUUUAUUCACUAAGAGGACUAUUCGCUAGACAACUGAUAAAAAUUCGAAGUCAAUUAAAUUAAAGUCCAAAGUGGCUGAACUGGAAGCAUAAGUGACGUUGAGAUUUUGCAAAUGACCACAGAGAGGCAUCAUGUUCAGACUUUAUAUUAAGCUUUUAUUCUUUUCAACCAAAGCAUGGCCAUAGUCCAAAAGGAGCAAGACAAUACCUCCCAACAUUGCUCCAUCUGGAAUCAGGAUAGGACGGUCCUUCUGAGGUGGGGCACCAGUGACACACAUCACAUACCUGGAAUGUGGGUAGGUCCACCCACUGAAGGAGCAUGUAAACCUAUAUCCUCUUACCCAGCUCAUUGCAUAGAGGACCAUGCAGACAUAAAGUGCUCUCUGCAGGGUCUAUCUGCACAGCUUGGGCACGUCCAAAGAUGCGCGUAUGCCAUGCUGCGCAGGGACAGUUCCCUGGUGUCCCUGAAUGCAGGAUGCGAGGAACUAAAUUGGAACAAUCCCGCUGAAAGUGGGACAGUUGGCAGGCCUGCGAGAUCCCAGCCAUGGACUGCAGUUUCCAACUUGUGGGUCUGAUCAGCAUGUUGCUGCUCUGGUCUUGAAGUUGAAGUCUCUCUGAGAGCAUAUAGCUAAGUACCAAAAUGAUUGUCUAGAAACCAAACACUAUAAAACCCCUCUCUAGUAUUUUAAGGCAGCAUUUUAGAGUGUUUUGUUGGGUUAGAGCAUGUUCAUUUCCAAGUUUUUGUGUAAGGUAUGCCUCAGUAAUCGACAAUACAGAAGCCACCAUUAAAUUGUGUUGUCCAGUUGGUGACCUUAUAUAAGAGAUACAUGGUGAUGGACCAGUUCAUGGCCACUGCAAGUAAAGUGUCAGAAUCUCUAGGUGAGCUUGGCAAAGACCCUUUCAGGGGUCGAAACGUUGCUGUAUCUCACUUUUAUAAAUAAAUAAAAUUGAUACUUGAAGUGCCUGGAUCCUCUUUCUACCAAUGAGAAUCUCUAGGUGAGACCUUCAUUUAGUUCCCAUCUAGGGUAAUUGCACAGUAAUUAUUAUGGUAGUUGCAUUGCAUCUUUUUACAUUUGUUAGUUUAAAAUAAGAUGGAAAAUUAUUUAAGAUUUUAUUACUGAUACUAUUUAUUAUUCCUUUUAUAUUGCAGUCUUUAGAAACCCCACUACAUUACUGCGCCAGGAUUGGGAAUGAAGAUGUCUUACUUGAAAUAAUCAAACAUAUAGACUCCAGCCGAAUCCAACAGACGAUAAACAAGCAGUCAGCGGUAUGUGCUUCUCUGAGGCCCACUUACCAGGCCUCCUACGGGUAACGGAGAUCUUAAAGGUUGACCAGCUUAACUUGUUUUAUUGUUUAACAGUGGGAUUUGGAACGAGGGCAAUGCUGAACACUUAUUAGACAUUCUCCAAAACUGCCUUCAAAGAUUUCUUCAUAUUCUCAUUCUUAUGGAUUAUAUAUGUGUGUUUAUUCUAGAACGGGUGGUCUCCUCUUCUUGUGGCAGCUGAGAGAGGUCACACUGAGGUGGUAAAAAUAUUGUUGCAGAACCAUGCCCGGGUAGAUGUCUUUGAUGAGGUAAGAUAUAGCUUUAAUUUCCAGGGUUUUGCUCAAAAAUUGUUGCAGUAUGUAAAACAAACAGUGUUAUUUACGAAACUAAAAGAAUUUUCACAAAUUAAAUCAAAAUUACAAAACUAAAGUAAAACCAGGUGAUCUGGACAAACUCUACAAAUUGUCUAUAGUCAUAGUGUGGUUAUUUCUACCCCAGUUUUACCCCUCAGAAUUAAUUCAUGAAAUUUUCGAGUUUAGUCAAUAUACCUGUAAAUUUAGUCUUCUUUCCUGUUGCUGCCUCCUACCUCGAUCAGUACAUGCACUGGUCCUUCGAUAUCCACCAGUACCAUCAUGUUUUGAGGAUGUGAUGCCAAUGGUUCAUGCGCAGCAUACAGAAUAAACCACUGUAGCUAAGAGCUCUGUGUAUGGAGAAAAAGGCUACUCAACAAGCAUGGAUGCAACCAACUAAAACAUUGGGAACGCGAAUGUAAAAUUUUUGUUUGUUUGCAUUUUUUUUUAAUAUAUAGAUAUUUAGACACCAGUUGUUCUCUUUUAGAUCGACAGUGUCGUAUUUGCUGUUGCUUUUAAGUUUAGGUUGUCCACUGAAAUGGGAAAUUGUCACAUAACACAUGGCUACCUACCCAACUGCUGCGUAAAGCAGGUUACCUUCCAUUAUAUCCGCUGGAUUGCUCAGCAGGGUAUUUGAACUGCAGUUAUAGUGGUAUUAUUCAUUUUUGAAUGUACAGUUAAGGUAUAUAAAAAUAAAUAUUGCGGGAAGCUCUGCUGCAGCCUACUGGGGAUGAGACUGAGGAGAGGCGGACGAUCUCUUUGCUCCCACACCCUGGGACCGGUAUCACAGCUAGCCUGCCCCCCCACUUGGACCGGUGGGGGUUAUCCCGGAUCAUCACUGGCAUACCUCUCACUUUGCACUUACCUUGGCUUCCUUGUUGAGAUCGAGCUUCAAUUUGAAAAAGGAGUACAGGGUCCACCUCAAACGCCUCACUGCGGGUACUUGGAGCAUACCUUGCGAAAGCUUGAUGAGAUAUUCCGGAGCUUCUGGGCACGACUACAUGACCGGGUACAGCCUGCCAUAAAGGUAUAGCCCUUGUGGGAAGCAACCUGCUGAAGGGGCAAUCAGUGCGUUAGUGCAGGGGCUGUAGUACGUAUAUAGGGGUAUAGAGUGUGUGUAGUGUGUUUGUGUGUUAGUGCAGGGGCUGGUGUGUAAAUAGUGUAUUUGUGUGUUAGUGCAGGGGCUGUAGUGUGUAUAUAUGGGGUAUAGAGUGUGUGUAGUGUGUUUUGUGCUAGUGCAGGGACUGUAGUGUGUAUUUAGUGUGUUUGUGUGUUACUGCAGGGGCUGGUGUGUAUAGAGUUUAUUUGUGUGUUAGUGCAGGGGCUGUCGUGUGUAUAUAGGGGAAUAGAGUGUGUGUAGUGUGUUCUGUGUUAGUGCAGGGGCUGUAGUGUGUAUAGAGUGUGUUUGUGCAGGGGCUGUAGUGUGUAUAUAGGGGUAUAGAGUGUGUGUAGUGUGUUUUGUGCUAGUGCAGGGACUGUAGUGUGUAUAUAGUGUGUUUGUGUGUUACUGCAGGGGCUGGUGUGUAUAGAGUGUAUUUGUGUGUUAGUGCAGGGGCUGUAGUGUGUAUAUAGGGGUAUAGAGUGUGUGUAGUGUGUUAUGUGUUAGUGCAGGGGCUGUAGUGUGUAUAUAGUGUGUUUGUGCAGGGACUGUAGUGUGUAUAUAGGGGUAUAGAGUGUGUGUAGUGUGUUUUUAUGUUAGUGCAGGGGAUGUGGUGUGUAUAUAUGGGUUUAGAGUGUGUAGUGUGUUUGUGUAUUAGUGCAUGGGCUGUAGUGUGUAUAUAUGGGUUUAGAGUGUGUAUAGUGUGUUUGUGUGUUAGUGCUGGGGCUGUAGUGUGCAUAUAUGGGUAUAAAGUGUGUGUAGUUUGCUUGUGUGUUAGUGCAGGGGCUGUAGUGUGUAGAUAUGAGUAUAACGUGUGUUUGUGUGUUAGUGCAGGAGCUGUAGUGUGUGUAUAUAUAUAUGGGUUUAGACUGUAUAGUGUGUUUGUGUGUUAGUGCUGGGGCUGUAGUGUGUAUUUAUUUGGGUUUAGAGUGUGUUUGUGUGUUAGUGCUGGGGCUGUAGUGUGCAUAUAUGGGUAUAAAGUGUGUGUAGUGUGUUUGUAUGUUAGUGCAGGGGCUGCAGUGUCUAUAGAGUGUGUUUGUGUGUUAGUGCAGGGGCUGUAGUGUGUAUAUAGAGGUAUAGAGUGUGUGUAGUGUGUUUGUGUAAAUAUGUAAGGGGUUUGUGUAUAUAGUGGGUAGGAUAGGGGCUUAAAUAAUUAAUUUAAUAAUGAAAAAAUAAUAAAAUAAUUUUUUUUAAAAAUCACAUUUCCUCCCCUUUCCCCUUAUUACCUUGCAGGGGGGAGAGGGAACACACAGGUGAGAGGGGGCACACCACAAGUUAAGCCCUGGUGGUCCAGUGAGAGGGGGCACACUGCAAGCUAAUCCAUGGUGGUCCAGUGAGAGGAGGCACACUGCAAGCUAAUCCCUGGUGGUCCAGUGAGAGGGGGCACACUUCAAGAUAAUCCCUGGUGGUUCAGUGAGAGGCGGUGCACUGCAAGCUAAUCCCUGGUGGUCCAGUGAGAGGGGGCACACCACAAGCUAAUCCCUGGUGGUCCAGCCGGCAGGUUAUUUGGUCUGUACCUCCGCAGGGUAUAUCGGCGCUCUUGAGAAGACAGGCUGGUUUCCCUGCAUAUACGGAGCGUGGCGGUCAUUGUCCAAUCUCCCCUCUACUGGCCUGUGAGGAGACAGAACUCCCUCUUAGGGCCGGUGCUACCCUGCAUGGGCCAGCAGGGGAGAUCUCUUGAUGGCCAUCAUGGCCCCCUGGACAUUUGCCUUUUUGUUCGAUGUCCAGUCCGGGCCUGAUGGGCAGUUUUGGUGAAGCAUUAAGUACCGAAACAACUUUAGCUUAAUGAAGCAGUUUUGAUGUAAUGAUUAUGACUGCAGCAGGCUUCUGUUUUCAUUAUCAUGUUACUUUUCCCAUAAUCUGUCAAUCAAAAUACUUUGACUGAUAGAUACACAUACCUGUCUCUGAUCCCUUCUUGUGUUUUGCCGCUGUCAGUUUGUUACGUUGUUAUGGUUGCAUAUUUAUCCUGUAAACCAUUGGAUACUUUAAAGGCGUUUGGGUUGCUUUUGUGCAAUUAGGUAUUUAUUUAAAUAUCUUUCUCUCUACCUGCCUUAUGCUGUUGGCUCUAAAAACUUGGACCUAGAAUAGAUCUUUAAAUAUAAACCCACCAUGUUUUUUUUAAUUACAAAAGUAUAUUUCAUUUGUAGGGGCAGAAGAUAACUCUUUGCCUGAGGUUCUUGAUCAAUCAUGUUGCUAUUUUGUAAUUGAAUACAGCACGGCAAAGCAGCACUGCACCUUGCGGCAGAGAACGGCCAGGACAGGAUAGCUGAUGUUCUGCUGUGGCACAAAGCAUUUGUAAAUGCAAAAACUAAGCUUGGCCUAACGUCCCUUCACCUCUGUGCCCAGAAUGGAUUUAACCACCUUGUGAAGUUGCUUGUGGAAACCCACCUCGCCAGCAUUGAUGCCAUGACCUUGGUAAGAUAUUAUUCAAUCUGUGGUUUUUGAGUUCAUGCAUAUUUUUACCAUUACUUUUUGCAUGACUAUUAUUUAAUAAAUUUGCUUAUACCUUAUCAUUCUUUCUUGCCAUUAUAUUUGGAUGUAUUACAGUCUUUUGGGUGUUUUUUUAUAUAUUUUCAUUCCAUUUAACAAAUGAUGAAUUUAUACGGUCAAAGUGAAAUGUUGCGUAAUGAAAACGCAUCAGGUGUCAUUAAAUUUGCAUGCGCUGUGCAGAACAAAUACAGGACCAUUUUCUCAUAAUAUAGCCUUACAGUGGGGCUCUCUGCAUGGGCUGGCCUGAAAGAGCAUUAACUUGCUCACUUUGAGGGGAGAAUGCUUGUCAUUGGUAAUGACUCAACAACCCUCCUCUCUGGCCCAGCCCUUUCUUUGUGUCAGUGUGUAAAUGUGCGUAUCUAAGUGCAUUUGUGUUUAUGUGUCAGUGUGUAACUAAGUGUGUGUGUGUCAGUGUGCAUGUGUGUCUGUGUAAAUAUGUAAGUGGCAGUGUAUGUGUAUAAGUGCAUACAUCCCAACAAUCAAACACCAACACUACAUGCAAACACAUGCAAUCAAACAAAAACAUAACAUACAAACAAAUCCCUGCAGUCAAAAGCCAAAAUUCGAACACCAAUACUACACAAAACUACAAGUCAACACUACAUACAAACACACCCCAGCAUUAAAAUCCAAACAUAUUAUAGAAGUACACCACUGCAAUCCAAUGGCAACGAUACAUACAUAUACACCUCUACAUGCGCACACACACACAUACUGCAUACAAAAUCAUGAUUAAAUUUAAACGCACAUACACAACCCUGCAAGGAUGGACAAAUGAUAGAACCACAGCUGCAACAGCAUUGUGAGUGUUGUACAACAGAUGGGGUCUAUCUUUAGACCACCAUUGCACUGGGGGUAUGGGCAUUUCUUACACUAGGGCCCUCUCUACAUUAGUUCAGCCACUGCAGUAAGGCCUAUUUAUCUGAGAAAGUAACUGUAUCAGAGUUAGAUAUUUUUGGUGACAUCACUGAGGCCCUCACAUCUAUGUAAGUUUUAAUAUCAUUAUUGUGUAAGUGUGUAUACCUGUUGUACCCAGAUAACAAGGCUAUGCGUGUUUCUUGGGACGAGACUCCGGAACACAUGUAUUUAGAAACAUUCGUCUGUGAUGAUAUUUUAAUAUUUACACUGUGAUAAUGUUGCCUUAUAGAAUGUAUUCAAAUUGACCAACGUAUGGAACGUAAUCUGAUGGAUUCUGAAUAAUUCACUCUUUUAUUUCCCUUCCUUUAGACCAUGCGAACACCCCUUCACCUGGCUGCCCUGAAUGGUCAACUCGAUGUAUGUAACAGUCUUUUAACGAUGAAGGCCGAUGUCGACGCGGCUGAUAUUGUAAGUGAUACAAAUUAGGCAAAUUAUUUCAUACUUAGCGUAAUUUUUCUUUCCUGAUCAUUAUACAUGGUGCAGUUACUAUGGGUUAGCUCCUCCCCUAAAGGCAGAAAGGACAGGAAAAUAAACUCUGAAAUUGGUAUAAAUAGAUCCUCCCUCUUCCCAUCAGGCAUUCUUUGUAACAAGCUUCUCAACUCUCCUAGUAAAUGGAUAGGAACGUCAUUUUCUUAUUCCUGGUCAAACAUGGCAGCAUUUACUAAUGGGUAAUAUUAAAUGAGUAUACAUAGUGGGAGAGACAGAGUUAAAAUACCGCUAAUAGUUUUAAAAACCAUUAUUGAUCUGCACAAACUAAAAGCCGAACAAGUAACCAACAGGAUAUUGUCAUAAUAUCUGCUCAGACAAGUCAUAGUACCCCAGAGGCUACUGGUCAUUAACAAACUAAAAAUGGUAAAAGUGGGUAAGGGCUGCGCUGAAAGCUAAAAUACAGUAAUCUAUGACCGUAAAGACCAGACCAAAUGGUCUAAAUGAAUAGACAACAACAAAUAGACCUAUAUAACUGAUAAAAAGUCUCACUUAAAACAACAGAAAAAAAGGAUAAAAGAGUCCAUCCAAGUGAUAAAAUGUUCAAUAGGAUAAAAAUAAAUAGAACGUCUCACUGAUAUAGCUGGAUAGAGUAUGUGUACAGUCCUCAGGAGUUGAUCCGUCCGGGUUGUAAAUAAUCCGUAUAUGUGAAGACAAGAAUAAAAACACGACAAAUUGCUAAUAGUGAAGUAUUGUAAAUCCAAGGAUAAAAUGAAUAAAAGGAAGAUAAUACACUCACAUUUGGAGGAGCUUAGGCCAGCUCUAGGAUGGAGGGCGUUUAGCGGUAUGAUCCCCCCUAAGGGAUAUACUGAAGAGGUGUGCCCGUCAGUCCGGCCUUGGUUAUGUCGUAUGCCACAAUAUAUAAAAAACGGCAAUAGUGCUCUCAGUUUGAAAAAACCCCCAAAUAAAAUAAAUUAAAAUAAAAUAUAUCCUGAUUCAAGAAAUCCUAGGUGGGGAUUAUUCCACCAGUGCUGUGUUAAUAGAGCAGUAUCCUCUGCUCUACACUUGUGAGUAUAUUUUAUUUUUAUUUAUUUUUUUAUAAACUGAGAGCACUAUUGAUGAUGGUACAUGCUGGAGAUUCAGAGUGUGGAGACACUCUCACAGUUGAUGGUACAUGCUGGACAUUCAGAGUGGGAAGACACUCUCACAGUUGAUGGUACAUGCUGGACAUUCAGAGUGUGAGGACACUCUGCCUUGAUGUUCCUUGUCUCGGUGUCUUUGUCUUAUUCUCCUAGACUCUCCCUUUCACAGAUAAUACAUUCUACAUAUAUACCACCAAAAUGGGCAUGUAAGCAUUACAGGUCAAUGCUAUUGAUACAAUAUGCUUGUUGACGAUUCAUUAUUAGGUCAUCCAAUGUUCCAUGGACACUCAGAAAUAGAGAAGAGCUUACAACACUUAUUGUCAUCUGUUCAUGUCACUCAAGAUUAACCACACCCCAGUGUGAAAUGCAUGUAAGAAAUAGUUCCAAAAUAUAGAAUAUUUUACAAGGAACAAGCCUCCAUGAUUGAUAUUGACAAAUCUAGAGUAAUACAAGACAAAUCCCUAUAAGAGAUGAGACGUCUUCCUUGCAUCUGUUUUGCUAUGGAGAAUAAUAAAAUAGAUUAGAGGUGAACCUCCUUAAAACAAAAACGACAUGGUCUAGGAAUUACAAACAUAUUUACGCAAAAGCAAAACUUAAUGCCCUUCCCUAAAAUCGAGGAAAUACUCAAUAGAGGGCACUUUCAAAUCAGAACCUUUUUAAAGGCAUAACAAGCCAUGAAAUUCCAAACACUGAUGAAUGAAAAUAGUCAUACCCUGUUAUCAAACAUGGAGGGGAAACUAGACUGAAAAUCCCACCAUUCUCUGGAAGUAUGAAUUUAUUACAUUCAGAAUUAUCACUGCUUCAUCUGUGAGCUACUUACCUGCAGUUACAGGAAACACAAAUAAUCUACCUGUAAGAAAAGGCAGAGCCUAGUAGAGACAUAGGAGAAACUUUAAGGGUUACUCCAACCACCAUGAUCACUUCUGCUUUUAGACGUGGUCAUGGUGGUUGGAGUCUGUAUGGGCAGCGAUUCUGUUUGAAUAUCAGAGUAAUCUACACGUCUGUGCCAGGGGCUAGUUUACCCCUCGGCUGCCUAAUGUUAAUUCUGUGCCAAAAAAGUUACAGAUGUAAUGAGCUUCUUCUUUGCUAUAUGGGAUAUAUAAUGAGCGAAAUUUAUGUCAUCUUGUCGAAUACAUCAAAAGCAAACAUCAGGAGUUUUUACAACUGAAAUGACUAGAUUUGUUUUUAAUGUAUCCAGCUAGAAUAUUUAUGCAGUAUUUCUAAGAUAUGCCAUUGCAUCAUAAGCAGUGCAUCAAAUGAACACAUUUUUUGUUAUGUUAAAUAAAGACUUUUUUUUAUGUCUUCAACUAUCCCUGCGCUUGACUUUGCCCAAAUUCCAUAUAACCUUUACAUUUUAAACAUUUGAAGAUAAACUCUUGUACAGCAGAAAAUAUAUUUAAUUAUUGAAAAAUAGUUUACUGGAAUGACAUAUAAUCAUUAAUUGUCCAUUUACCAAUGUAUUUGCUCCAGCAGUGUGUUUAUCUCAGAUAUUUUUAGACUAACUGUGUUAGUGCCAUCUCUGCUGGAAGGUUACUGCUUGCAUCUGCAAAUCUUUCAGCAAAAAAAUAAUUGAAUAUACCGGUAAUAAUAAUAAUGAUAAUAUAUAUAUAUAUAAAUAUAUUCUAGUGUUCUCCUUAACUCAUUAAGUGCUGUAGGUGUGCCCAUUGCAUUAAGCACGCAUUGGGUAUUGAAAAGGUUAAAACUAGCCCUGAGCGUUUCACUUUGUAGUUAGUGUUUAAGGCAUGCUCAUCACGUGGUGCCCUAUACAUGCCAUGUCGUUUAUUCUUGUUGGAUGACGCAUUUCACUUGCAUAAUGUUUGUCCUCAUACAUUUCAGCAGACACGGUUUUCGCUCGUGUGAGUCUUUAAAGCGCAGGCUGCCGUCUGUUUCAGGCUCUAUUUCUUCCUGUAUUAUUGAAACUUCAGAACAGCAGCCGCCGGCAGGAAGUUUCCCAUCGGUUCACUCCCUUUCCUCUCUGUGAGGAUCUGUGUCUGAUGACAGCUCACUUGAUCUUAACAUGAAAUGUUGAGCGCAUUUCCUCAAUGUCUGUGAUUUCAAGUGUGCAAGUCUCAGUGGAAUGUAUGAACAAUGUAACAGGCUGUUUGGAAUCUUCAACUACUGACACAUUGGAUCAUAGUAUAUCGGUGACCAUCAGCGGACGUUUAUUCACUGUGUUUGUGAAAAUUCACUUUUAGCUCAAGUUUUACUGGCCUGGAUAAUUUUUCAUAAUCCCCAAUUUUUCCUGAAAUUUGCAAUUCCCUCGUCGUCAGUUGUCCAUAAUUAUCAUUUUAGUGAUUGAGCAUCUUUAUAGAUCAUUGCUCCCCAUUUUGCUGCAUGAUAUAAAAUCUAAUUAACAUACAAUUAUAGCUAUUGUGUUUGGUUUUCAUUAUUUUAUUCUGCUAUUGGAUUACUCUUAAACUUAAACCAGUUAAAAAGCGCACUUACUGCAUAAACUAAAAGUAUUUUUAUAUUUGGAUUUGUUUUGUUUAUGUGUUCUGAAAUAUAUACAUUGAUUUUAUUGUAAAUUUUCUCCCUUGAGAUGAAUCAGAAUUUAAAAUUAUCUGCUGUAGAAUUCAGAUAAUGUCAUAUAAUACAUUGCCAACCUUCACUGUCCUUUCUAAAAAGUUUAUUUUGUGGUCCUUUGCCUGUAUAUUGAACACGCCUUCUGAUUUUCUUACUCGAAGUGUAAUGAUAUUCAUUUUCAAUGACUCUUUUCUGAUUGGCCCAAAGUUUUGAUUGACGUUCAGUACUUUACUGACAAAAUAACAAAAACACUAUAAUCUUGCUUAUUGUAUGAUUUUUGUUCCAAACUCACCCCAAUUCACUGUUUAGGAAAUAAAUCACCUAAUACUAUUGACUACAGAGCUGUAAAUCUGAUUGUCAUGAUAGUGAGAGGAUUGAAGGUGAGAUAUAUGUUAUAUUAAUAAGUGUAUAUAUAUAUUUCCAUAUUUCCUUAGGAAGGCCAAACUCCCCUCCACUUGGCAGCAGAAAAUGAUCAUUCGGAAGUUGUGAAACUAUUCCUGAAACACAAGCCUGAGUUGGUGAUGUCUGCUAACAUGGGCGGCUCCACGUGUGCGCACAUUGCAGCCACGAAGGGCAGUGUCGCAGUAAUCAAGGAACUACUCAGAUUUAACAAGAUUGGAGUAACCACAACACGCAACAAGGUGAGAACAUUCUGCGCCCUAUAUAUACAUAUCAGUGUUCUAUCCAAUCCCACACGGUAAGAUAGAACUCUCAUUCCACCUUUAAUGGUUAUCUUUUUAUCCCACUCCUUAUGUAUUAUAUGCUACUCUGUGAGCCUAGAGUCAGGUGAUGUACUUGUGCAUGCGCACAAGCCUCACUGGAGCAAGCCCAACAGGCGCCAUGACACAUAAAAUAACAAAAAUGGAAAAAUAAAAAUGUGAUACAGUGAUUCUAUUAAAUUAAGCCUGAGAAUUAAUAUCACUGUAUCACAUUUUAAUUUUUUUGUUCUUGUCUUUGUAUGUAUGUAGUUCCUCCAUCAUCAAAUCUGUUAUUUUGUACAGAUAUUUAUCUGUUUAUCCAUCUCGAGACCUAUCUUUUUAAGUUCCUUUUUGGUUGUCAAUUCUUCUCGGUUUAUAGUAUAUGUUUCCAUUUAAAAACUAUGAGAUCUAGUAUGAUCGUCCUUCCUGGAGGCCCCUUUGAUGCAUGCCGUGUGCUGGUGUAAUUAGCUUCUGCAAAACAUUUCCGCAUUUUCUCCAUUGUUCUGGGUCUGAGCUACAAGGUUCUGAGUGUUAGCUUUGGUGUAAACUGGAGUUCUUCAUUUCCCUUCCGGAGUUCUUUACGGCCGCUCGCCUGGUGUAUAAUCCACUUACUAGAGGAAAGAACGUAUUUGUCCCUUUGUAAUGUGAUUCAUAUAUGUAGACAUUUAGGUGUAAAGAUGCACUAUGAAGUUAACCCCUUCACCACCAAGUUUUAUUUUAAAUAAAGAAAGAAAUAUGUAUUUUGUUUGGAAGAUCAGAUACACAACUAGCACUAUAACAUAAAGAAAAUCAGCAAUUUAGUGAUAACAUAAAAAUGUGACUGUCGAAAAUGUGCCAUUUUUAUUCAUUCAUUCAUCCUUUACAGAAAUAUUCAGAGAGUGUAAGGAGAGGUUGCCACAUUAAAGGAACACUAUAGUGUUGGGAUACAAAUCUGUAUUCCUAACACUUUAGUAUCAUUGACCCUAACUGAAUAGUCCCCACCCCACCACCACCACCUCCGAGCAUGAAAGGAUUAGAAUCCUUUUUACACUUACCUUUUUUACGAGGCCAAAGAUCUAAAUCUAGAUCUAUGCUUUUUAACUCCUGAGUUUAAAAAAAAAUUUUGAUCAGGUUUUGCAUCAAGUAUUCAUUUUAAUGUGUACCAAUAUCUCAUUGUCUCAUUAUGAUGGCUUUUUACUUGACAACAGAAGGUAGAAGAAAGAAGAUCAUAAAACAGGGCUCUCUUGAUCCUCUCUUGCUGUAUGGCAUGGUCUCACCGACCCUAGAUAUGUUUGCUGUUAUAAGGCUGUUGGUAUAAUGGUUCUAAAAGUUUUAUUGUUUGUGGCCGUAACUUAACACUUUAACGAUGUCUUUUACCCGCAUCGAGAAAACUUACACAGAAGAAAAUCGUACAGUGAAAGUGUUGAGUUACCCCAUAAGUUUUUAUUUUUAUUUUUAACCUGGAUGACUUUCACAAAAUAAUUGUGAAUUGAAAAAAACUCAAUUGCCAAAGUUUUUGUUACAGACACAAUGGGCUAUAGAUCUAUAUGUAUGUGGAAUAGUGUGAGUUCCGAAGCAGAAACCUGGAAUGUUAUGUUCCUUGGAACAAUUCUAACCGCAGUGUUCCAAUUAUCUGUUUGGAUGGCUGCUGUUCGCAUGAACGACCAUCUUGGUCUCACGAACGCAGGCAGCAGUGUAUGGUCGUCAAGGUCAUGGAACUAUUUUUAGACACUGAAACUCCUGAACACCACUGGUCUUCCAGAAUCACCUGCGUUCGGUUCUACACCACUUAGAAGGGCACUGUUCGGUGGAAUUGUUCCCACGAACAAGGUGAACAAACUCCAGGGUAAGAACAUUGACUAUGUUCGGUAGUUUGUUUGGUUUUUAAACUACCGAACUAGACCAACCGCAAGCCCUGAUUCUCUGGAACUGUUUUGGGCAUGGGACCAUGUGUGCGGUUGGUCAAAUUAUUAUAUUAUUUUUGGAUAUGUUGGUCACCCAUAUCGGGGCUAUCAAGGGAUGUAACUUUUGUGGAGGUUUUGUGUGUUUAAUGGUAUUUUGGGUCUUUUGUAAAAAUGUAUGUUUUCUGUACCUGGAGAUAAUUGUGUUUAGUACAGUCCCUGACACAAUUAUCUCCCAGGCACAGAGGAGGGAUUAUCUUGUUUUAUGUGGGAGUAUCCCGGACAUAAGAACCAAUGUAAUUGUGUGUAUGUUUUUACUGUAGUCUACUCUCAGGUCCAGGGGGGAGUGCCCCUUGCAUGGGGAACUGCAUAUAAGGCCAUUUGUGGCUGACAAUAAAUAAGUUCCAGUUUACCCUCAACACAAAGCCUUGUCUCGUGCUUGUAGGGGAAAGCUAUACCAGCUAUAAUCCCUGCUCUUGGGAUUGUUCUUUGGAUUGCUAAAAUCACUAGCUUUUGUAUUCUCUUAGUGUAUCCACCCAUCAGUGUGUCAGAUGUAACUCAAAACUGGGUAAACAAAGUUUGGCAAAUGGAGCUUCGCAAGAGUACCCUUUGGAAUUGCCUCUAUGUAUGAAAUAUUUAAAAUAAAACACUCCUCAAGCUAUUUGAGGUUAAAUUGUGUGGAUAUUCAGAUAACUUUCUGAUCAACGGGUCUACACAGUAAUAACACGAUCAAAUCUAUCUACACUAUUGAGAGAUCAUGAAACUAAAUCCAAGCCAAAUGGAAAUCGGAGUUACUCUCGUUAAAUAAUUCGGGCUUGUAAGAAGGCCUAGAGAAAAUAGCAGCAAUAGAAAUGCUACCUCUAAAAAGGAUUUAGAAUAUAUUCACUUAAUUUUUUAUUAUGCGUCAAAAUGUAUUUCUGGGCUCAGAGAAGCCAGGGCUCCGUUAAGAGAACUUCCUGAAAAAGGACGCACAAUGGACUUGGGAUGAAUCAAUAAACAAAGUCUUCAAAGACAUUAACAAUCCAAUUGUGCACACGUCAAAACUGGAUUACAAUAUCUGACUUCAAGAAAGAGGUUAUAAUAGAGGAUGAUGCCACUUAGUUUAAGUUAGAGAGAGUGCUAAUGGAGGUAGGCAGGCUUUCAAAUAGCUUGUGCUUUAAGAUAAACCGUCUUCUAGUCUCAGCUCUACCACAAAUGCAGAAAAUUUUCUUACAACAUAUGAUGUAACUAUAGUAUAUAUUCCUGGUAAAAGAAACACAGUAGCUGAUAGGCUUUCAAGAACAUUCAAACCAGGAUAAAAUGAAACGGAGGAAAAGGACUUGAAAAGUAAUGAUCAAGCUGCAUGUGGGCAAUUUCAGGUUGCAUUGUGCAAAAGAUGUGUAAUAGAUUGAAGAAACAGUAAAUAAUUGUGCAGUGUUCAAGGAGAGUCAAAAAGCAAAUCAAAAGAAAUCCAGUGAAAUGCCUCUGACCUACAGGAAUCAGGACACAUUUCUCCUAGUGGUGGACUUUUACUGUCAUUAUUAAACUUUUUAACGGGCACAAAUACUAUUUAUAUGGUGACUGUCAUCAGCGAUAUGUUGGUAAAACAUGGGAUUUGUAAUGGGUUGGUUACAGAUAAUGGGCUACCAUACUCUCUAUAGAAUUUACAAACAUCUUAAAGGAAUGGGAUUUCAAACACACAUUAUGCAUUGUCACAAUCACAAGACAGCUGAAAAAUGUGUACAAACUGCUAAAAGAAAUUGGACAUAAGUAGCCCAAACCAAUCAAUAUCCGUAGCCACUGCGUUUUAAAUGACCGGAAGAUUCCAAUAGAUGGAAUUCCAUCCACCUUUUGCACAGUUUUAAAUGAAAAGAUGAUUGAAAUCGGUUUUGUCUCCAAGCCCAACAAAACUGCUUUAUAACGUCCAGGUAUGUGGAAAGGUGCAACAAUGUUUACAAUCUUUGAUAAAACAAACAAAAGAUCUAUGAUUGAGAAUCUAGAUUGCUGAUGCAUUGUGAUGAUGAAGAUAGUGUCUAAAGGAAGGUGGGAACUUAUAGUGAACAGAGUACAUCUGCAGCAUGACAAAAGUAGAGAUGCAGAAUUUUACGCACAACUAGAAAGUUCCUCAAAGUUUUUCAAAUUUGAACCAAAGUUUAGCUGGUGUGUCAGAUGCAGGCAUAGAGAAAACUAACCAGAACCAGAAAAAUGGAAGAAAACUCAGAACAAGACAUUCUUCUCACAUGACGUAUUGGGUGCAACAUUAUCCACCCAUCAAAUUCUCCAGAUAUAGAGAAUCAAACCAUUGGGGACAAAUGAUACUGCAUAAUUACCUACUAAUUUUAUAACAUGACAGGAGGCUUCCUAUUUUGCAUUAACUCUCUUUACUAAACUCCACAGCAGUAAAGAAAAACAUAAAGAGUAACAAAUAAAUCACUGAGCAGCAUAGUAUAUAAGGGUCAUGCUGCCUGUACACUUCCUCUUUCUUUACUGCUCCAUCGCAGACAGGUCAGAAUAUCUGCUCCUCUGGAGCUUUAUACAUUUAUACAUUUAUACAUUUAUUGUCAUUAUCUAUUUGUUCCAUUCUAUUGUUAUUAUCACUAUUAUUACUUUAAUUUAUUCCCUUUUAUUUCUGUUCUGUACUGGGCUGUGGGACUAGGGGCUCUCUGUGGGUUUCUAUACUCUUAUCUGCCCCUCUGUUUAUUUUGGGACCUUCCCUGGGCCUCCCCUCAGUCUCCCCAGGUCCCCCCACUGCCCCCCUAACCUGGAGUGCCCUCCUGGGCUCCCUCCUUGCGGCCGGAAUCGUUCGCGGCCGUUUUCGCGCCGGCCGGCUUCCGCCCGCGGCCGGCCUCAAAAUUUAGUCCCCGGCUUGCGGCCUACACUCGCGGCCGCCAUUUUGGAUCGCGGACAUCGCAAGAUUCCCGCGGCCACCUUAGUUUUGCCUCGUGCAUCUCAUUAGGGACUCAGGGUGGCUGUGCUAACUUGCUGUUACCUCUGCAUUGCUGUUUUUCACACCUUUUGUGUCUCACACUGUGACUGAAGGAUUACCUGCUCAGCACUCCAUCUAGCUGCUAUCACUCUGCUACUCAGCCUCUGUGCCUCAUCUGCUUCUAUCAAGCUAUAUCCCGUGGCUGGGUCAGUCAGGUCAGUGCUGCUGCCUGUUUAUUACUGUGACCUGCACUUAAGGGUCCCAACCCUGUGCAACCGGGGUGAGCCCCCACUAUAAAUACGCUGCUUACUGGGAGACUAGCUGUUGCAGUUCUCUCUAACUGGGUGAGCCCCAGUUUAUAAGGUCACUACUAUACCCUGCUGGGGUUAUUCUGGGCUUGGUCCCACCAUACUAUCAAAUCUGACCCUACGCCUAUUAUCAAGACCUGGGUGCCCGUUUAUUGCUGUGCCUUUCAGUGACGUAUCAGCCUACCCUAACAUGGAAGUUUCCCAGAACGUCCCUGUGGACUUCCAGGCUAUGAUUAACGCAGCUGUCGCUGCCUCUGUGGUGAAGGCACUCUCCAAGGCCCGAGCUCCGGCUCCUGACGUACCAAAAACCCGCAGACGUACACGCCACGAAUCAGAUUCCGACUUGUCCGACUAUCAGACAAGGGAUGACUCCCGCCCUAAAAAGCGCCAUGACAAAGGCGAGGAUUAUGCACCAAACCGCCUAAGGGUAAGGCACCUGCCAAGUGCAAAUCUGCCAAACUACACACCCCGGCCCCGCGUCAGGAGUACUCUUCAGAUGAAGAGCAGGGCCCUGCCCAGUCCAUGUCAGUGCUGGAUGAAUGGCAAGCUGACGCUUGUGAGUCGGAUUACGACGCAUGGGGCUCGGACGAGAAAUCUGUCUCCGCUUUCAUGCGGGAGACCCUCCUGGGUGCUGCCCAGACUGGAGGUGUUGAGGACACUGCGGACGCAGAACCUCCUCUAGAAUCAGACACCAUUUUGGACCCCUCAGGUCAGGCGAUGUUCGACCCCGCAACAUAGGCACCCCAGAUCGGGUGACUGGUCACCUCCAGAACACCUUUCCAGGUUUAUGCACCUGUGGCUCCGCAAACCUCUGGAGAAGGAGGUCCGCAGCCGACUCAGGUCUGAAUGCCCACGCCCUUCCCUGCCGGAUAAGGUCGCUCAGACCCCUGAAUUUGACAAGGUCAUGUCGACCUUCAUGAUGCGCAGUGGUAGAGACCCUCGCCGAGGGGUAGAGAAAGGCCUAUGGGGCGCCCAGGAUAACCUGCUGGAUUCCGUAGGCCCCCUGGCUCGCAUUAUGUAUCUGGCAGAUGAUGCCUACGCCAAAGCCGACUCCUUCUCUGCCGAGGACAUCAGGGAAUGGGCACAUGACGUUCGUGAAUGGGCACAACGGUGUUUUGUUUCAUUGGAAACACUAAUGUUACGCUCUCUUCGGAGAGACGAAAAGCAGCGUUAUACCGUAUUAACGGUAAAUUGGCAGACCUUGGCACAAAGGAGAUUGGGCCCCAGGCACAAGGAAAACUAUUUGGCAAACCGUUCCUCAAGGAACUCAAUAAACACGUAAACGUGUUCACCUCCCUUAAUAAGGCGCAAUCCUCUAUGCGCAGAGUUUUCAGGAGCAACCCUACCAGAGGGGUUUUUGGAAGGGCUGGCCGGCAGCGGGGCCGUGCCGCCAGCCGCUUUUGGCCUUCAGGCCCCAGCACCCAACCAACACCGUCCUACCCGACAAGGGACUAUCGGCAGCAACCCUUUUCCAGAGGCUCGGAUAGAGGUCGUGGACCCCGCGGACGCGGGCGUUCCCGCUUUGCUGCAGGUAAGGACCCAUAUUCCUCCACUGUUACCAUGCACCCGCACUGCGGGCCGUAUUUCCCUUUCUUUCCAGAAUUGGGCCGCCCUAUGCUCAGACACAUGGAUCCUACAAACAGUACAGGGAUAUAUCAUAGACCUAGUGGGGACCCCCUUUCAGGUUCAGCCCCCUCGCCCCAUCCACAUGUCGUCCUCCGACCACAACCUCGUCAACGCGGAGCUACGCGAGCCCCGAGACAAAGGGGCCAUCCAGCCGGCCCAUGACGAGGGUGGUUACUUCAGCAACAUCUUCCUGGUUCGGAAAAAGUCAGGAGAAUACCGACCGGUCAUCAAUCUACGCGCCCUCAACGCACAUGUGGUCUAUCGCCACUUCAAGAUGGAGGACAUCCACCUCCUGCGAGACCUUCUUCGAAGCAACGACUGGUUCACCAGGCUCGAUUUGAAAGAUGCAUAUCUGUCAGUCCCGGUGCACCCGGACUGUCGAGCACUCCUACGUUUCCUCUGGCACGGACGCCCUGGGCAAUUCACUUGCCUCCCUUUCGGGCUCAGCUCAGCCCCAUGGUGCUUCACCAAGCUUCUAAAACCAGUGGUGGCCCACCUGAGAUCCAGGGGCAGUCGAUACAUCAUCUACUUAGACGACCUUCUCCUUUUCUGCUCCGACGAACACAGACUACGCCAACACACUCACUUGGCAGUGUCCCUACUGGAAUCUCUGGGUUUCGUGGUAAACCAACCCAAAUCGGAACUGACCCCUACUCAGACGAUACAAUUCCUCGGCUUCGAGAUCGACUCGACGACAUGCACUCUGAGACUACCAGCCUCAAAGAUCACAGCCAUUCGCAAGGAGAUUCGCAGGGUUCUCCGUCUCGACUCCAUUCCACUACGCAACCUGGACAGGAUUGUAGGUCUCCUCUCUGCUCCCAUUCAAGCCAUAUUUCCAGGUCCCCUCCACUACAGGGCCAUGCAACGUCUCAAGGUGAAAUACCUACGCCACAGACCUACUUACGACCAACCCGUCCCGGUGACGACGGAGGUUCGCGAAGAACUAUCAUGGUGGCUGGACAGCAUGCAAGCCUGGAACGGCAAGGCCAUAUUCGGAGACACUCCAGACUUCGUAUUGGAAUCAGACGCCAGCCUGUGGGGAUGGGGUGCCACCAACGGAACCAUCUCCACGGGAGGAACAUGGACGGCACAGGAGCUCUCCAUGCACAUCAAUUGUCUCGAACUCCUGGCGGGAUCCUUUGCGACCCGCAGCCUGGCCCGGGAAAGAUCCAACUGCUGCAUCCUCCUGCGCAUGGACAAUGUCUCCGCAGUCCAGUACAUCAACCAUCUGGGAGGCGCUCGCUCACGCCUACUGUCGGAUAUCACAAGGGACAUCUUCGACUAUUGCCCCUCGCAACAAUCACCAGACCCCGGAGUUCUUCAGCUGGCUCCCGGACCCGGAGAGCAAGGCGACAGACGCAUUUCUCCAACAAUGGCCGACGACAGGAGCCUACGCCUUUCCCCCAUUCUCCAUGAUUGCGAGAACACUACACCAGAUGCGGACGCAACAGAUCAAACUGGUUGUCAUAACGCCCUUGUGGCAGAACCAACCAUGGACCUCCUGGCCUCCUCCUACAGGGACCCUCUCCUCAUUCCAUCCUUCCCGGACCUGCUCACGGAUCCCAAAGGGUAUCUCCACCCACUACUCCUGGAAGACCGGCUACCCCUGGUGGCUUGGUCUCUUUCCGGGGUUCCUGGCGAGUCAGCGGACUAUCGCAGACUGCUAGGGACCUCUUAUGGGACUCAUGGGCCCCGGGAACUAGACGCUGUUACCUUUCAGCUUGGGCCUCCGGGUCUACUUGGUGCAUGGAACGGGACUCCGAUCCCUUUACUGCACCUAUUCCCAUGAUUCUUAAUUUUCUUUCCUCCUUGUUUUCAUCUGGCCGCUCUUACCGUUCGGUCAACGUCGUUUGCUCCGCGAUUUCAGCGGCUCACACCCCCGUCGGGGAUCUCCCGGUCGGCAAAGACCCUCUGGUCUGCCGUCUACUCCGUGGUAUGCGGCUCCGCCGCCCCCCGGCCCCCAGAUACCCUCACCUAUGGGAUGUGGGACUGGUUCUCCGUUUUUUCAGGGAUUGGCUUCCGAAUGACCGCCUCUCCCUACGCCAACUAUCCGCUAAGUGCGCUUUUCUCCUUUGUCUAGUAUCUUUCCGACGGGUUUCGGAUGUUAGGGCCUUCGACGUGGACGCUUUCGAGGUGGCCCCGGAAGGGGUCACGUUCCACAUUUCCCGCCGCACUAGGUCGGGUUCGACUUCGGUCUUCUACCCCCUUUUUCCCCCGACGACCCGCAACUCUGUGUCGUGUCCACCCUUCGCAGGUAUGUUUCCGUUACCUCCUCACUCCGAUCCUCUACGUUGGGCCAACUCCUAGUCUCCUACGUGCGCCCUCACGCCCCAGUCUCGGUCACCACACUGGCCCGAUGAAUCCGCUGGAUCCUUUCCCUCGCAGGUAUAGAUCCCGCGUUCGGCGCCCACUCCGUUCGCGGUGCGACGGCUUCAUCAGCCUUCCUGGCAGGGGCGUCCCUCUCGGAUAUUCUCCGAACGGCGGACUGGUCUAGGGAAUCCACUUUCCGUACAUUUUAUUUUCGCACUCCCCCUUCUGCUGGGAUGUCACUUCUUCAGCGUUAAAAUUGCAAAAUAGGAAGCCUCCUGUCAUGUUAUAAAAUUGAAGAUUAUGCUAGCUUUAGUGUACUAAUAAUCUUAAUUUUAAUAAGGACAGGAGGCGAGUAUUUUCCCUCCCUUUUGUUCCCUACCCUGACUCCUCGGGGGAGUGGAUCUUAAGGUGAUGGAUUUUGGGAUUCAUAUUAGUAGUUCCACUAUCUUCUGGACAUAUUCGGUAUCCCUUCCAUCUCUAUCCCCAGUGUUUCCACCUAGACGGACAGUUUAGUUGUACAACAUGCUUACACCUAACACAUAUUUAGCCUAUGGCCAGCUUACAAUCUGUCUGUACUGUUUAAUUUACACCACUCUGUUAAAGCCCACAGGCAUGAACAGUUACGGUUCAGUACCUAACCGAUUUUAUACUCUCCUUUCAGUGUAACCCUCUACAGGACCUCCACUGGUCGAUGGUUCGUUAACCUCACAACUCCGUAAGAUGGGAUGACGGCUUCGUUUGGUCUUUCCUCCUAUCUCGUUACCAGGAGUCUCCUCAAGUUCCGCUCGCCAGAGACCGCAGUUACUGUUUCGUUGAGUUUCUGGAUGUUCGAGCUCUAUCUGGACUUGGAUGUCGCUUUAAGAAAGAGGAAGUGUACAGGCAGCAUGACCCUUAUAUACUAUGCUGCUCAGUGAUUUAUUUGUUACUCUUUAUGUUUUUCUUUACUGCUGUGGAGUUUAGUAAAGAGAGUUAAUGCAAAAUACUCGCCUCCUGUCCUUAUUAAAAUUAAGAUUAUUAGUACACUAAAGCUAGCAUAAUCUUCAAUUUGCCUCUAAUUUUGCAUAGCCAUCAGCUUUAUUAUAUUGUUUUGUUUAUAAACAAGGGGGACAAGACAAAGGGUGUUAUGGUAUAGCGUUAUCCAUGUUUGUUAACGUCUCAGAUCUAACAGGACUUUCUGCCUUUCCCCCCUAUAAAUGGGGGCCUGCAGCUGUGAGACUCUAUUUUAGUUUGUUUUUUUUGGCCACUUUUGUAGGUUUAGGUUUCCAUAAAUAAAAAGAUCGGAUUUGUAACGCUUGUUCAAAGUCUAUGUGGCAGCUCAGACCACCCAAAUCAGAGUCUCUUCCUUCUGACCAUAGGUCCCUUUCUAAGUCCAGGUUCCCAGAUUAAUAGCGCUGCUAACCAUUUCAUCAAUUAGUAGAAUUUUUAUUUUGCAAGUGUGUUGUGAACUCACUAUAAUGCUGCUUUUAUUGAAUAAAUCCUGAACAGUGAAAGUACAAAACAAUUCCCUCUGCCCUACUGUCAUUUUUGGCAUGCAAAAAAAAUCAAUUACACUUGGAAAAAAGAACUUGAUCUGAGCUCAGCUAUUGUUCUUAGUACAAGUCAAGGUCAUACAUUGCUUUUAGUGAAUGGAAAUAUUAUUUUAUUAAUAGCACCUCACUCUCUCCUUGAUGUUGCAGACUAAUGACUCCACGCCAAUGCAUCUGGCUGCCGCGGGCGGUCAUUCAGAGGUGGUCAAGGUCCUAUUGGAAACUGGUGCGUCCGCAUCGGAUGAGAACGGGGUGAGUUAAAAAAAAAAAAAAGCAUGGAUCUCUGAUCCAACUUUUUUAAUAUUAAAGAGAAACUGACACUUUUUUGAAAGAUGUUUUGAGGAUGCUAAAAAAAUGGAUAUUAGUAAACAGUAAAAUAUUUGCUCACUAAGUUUACCCAUAUUUCUUUGGGGUUUUUUGUUGUUUUUUUGACAGGAAAGAAUGACCGCAAUCCAUCUGGCAGCUAAGAAUGGACACAUUAAUGUACUCGAAGUCUUAAAAGGCAGUGUCUCAUUACGCAUUACCAGCACCAAGGUGAGGUCUUCCCAUGGGCAUUUUAACUGGGUCAUCCAGAAGUGGUGUCAUAAGAUAGCCUUUAAUGGUGGUACUAUAAUGGUACUCUAUAACUAUAACAAAGGCAUAGCAGACUAACAUUUAGGAGUUACUGUUCUUUAACUUGGUUAUGCAUACACCUGGGAAAUCUCAAAUUCAGGAAUUAUUAUUAUUAUUAUUAUUUUUAUAUAGCGCCAACCGAUUCUUUAGUGCUUAACAAUAUUAUAAGAGGAGGGAUUUAACUAUAAAUAGGACAAUUACAAGAAAACUUACAGGUUGAAGAGGACCCUGCUUACAGUCUAUAGGAGGUGGGGUCUAAAACACCUUAGGACAGGAAAUAGCAAUCAAAUAAUGUGGGAGUGAAGCAGAGCUGGAGGAGAGAGUAAAGUGCUGCCCUUUAGGUGAGAGCGAAAGACAGGUAUGUGAGGUAGAGGUUAGUGUGGGAGGCCAUAAGCUUUCUUAAAGAGAUGGGUUUUAAGGCACUUCUUAAACGACUGAAGACUAGGGGAGAGUCUGAUGGCAGUAGGCAGGCUAUUCCAUAGGAAGGGAGCCGCCUGAGAGAAGUCCUGCAAUCGCGAGUUGGCCGUACGGGUGCGAACAAUGGACAGAAAAAGGUCACGGACAGAGCGGAGAGACAGAGAAGGGGCAUACCUAUGGAUCUGUGAGGAGAUAUAAGAGGGGCUAAGAUUAUUCAGUGCUUUAUAGGUGUGGAUUAGUACCUUGAAUUGACUCCUAUAGGAUACAGGGAGCCAAUGUAAGGACUGACAGAGGGGUGAGGUGUGAGAGGACCGACUAUAGGGGAAAAUCAGUCUGGCGGCAGCAUUCAUUACAGACUGUAGCGGGGCAAUACGGUUCUUGGGAAGACCAAUUAGGAGAGGGUUACAAUAAUCCAUGCAGGAAAUUACUAGAGCAUGGACAAGCUCCUUAGUAGCAUCUUGCUGAAGAAGGGGGCGGAUGUGGCCUAUGUUUUUAAGAUGGAAUCUACAUGAUUUGGUAACAUGCUGGAUGUGAGGCUCAAAGGUGAGGCCAGAAUCAAGUAUGACACCAAGACAGUGCGCUUGCAAGGAUGAACUGAUGUGGAUACAACUAAUUUGAAGGGAGAGUGAAAGAGGAGGAUCAGUAUUAGGAGGAGGAAAGAAAAGGAGCUCAGUUUUAGAGAGAUUUAGUUUCAGAAAGCGGGAGGACAUCCAGUCAGAGAUGGAAGAAAGGCAAGCAGUGGCAUGUUGCAGGAUGGCAGGGGAGAGGUCCGGGGAGGAGAGAUAUAUCUAGGUGUCAUCAGCGUAAAGGUGGUAGUGGAAUCCAAAUGAGGUAAUAAGUUUGCCAUGUAAGGCAGUAUAAAGAGAAAAUAGAAGAGGACCAAUGGACCAAGUCUUGGGGGACUCUAACAGAGACAGGACGAUGGAGGAGGUAUCAUUAGAAAAGGAGACACUGAAUGAGCAUUGGUAGAGAUAAGACGAAAACCAUGAGAGGACAGAGUCACAGAGACCGAGUGAUUGAAGAGUUUGAAGAAGGAGAGCAUGAUCAACGGUGUCAAAAGCAGCAGAGAGGUCAAGAAGAAUUAGUAUGGAGUAGUGGAUUUAGCUGCGAUUAGGUCAUUAGUAACUUUGAAGAGAGCAGUCUCAAUAGAGUGGAGGGGGCGGAAGCCAGAUUGAAGAGGGUCAAAAAGAGAGUUUGAAUUAAGGAAGUGAGACAUAAGGGUAAAGACAACUGUGGCGGAACCAACCUCGCCACUGGCCACUGGAGGAGCCUGGUCACCCGCCUCCUGCCACUGGACUAUGGCCCCAUGUUUAACACUGUACUUUUUCCCUGCAUAAAGGCUGGUUCGUGCCUUUCUGUGGACUGCUAAAGCCAUGCUACCCCAGAUAGCUAUGCCAUGGAGCCUAGCCCUAUACUGAAAGACUCUGUGAAAGACUUUGGCUGAAUGGCGAUUGAACUGUAUGUAUGUGAUCUGAGCGCCAUCCGGUAAUAAUGUGCGCUCAGAUCUAAGCUAUCUGGGAAUAGGUAGAAUGUGUAUGUUCUAUGUGAUAAAUGUAACAGUAUGUAUUUUUAUGUCUUUUAUUGUCCUUUGUCUGCCAUGUGGUUAAUGGAGUUUUGCCUCUGUCCUUGGAGAUAAUUGGAUUACUUCCCAAUUAUCUCCAGGACAGAGAGGAAGGAUUGUGAUGCAUUGUGGGAUUGUAAACUUGUGAUUGGUCAAUGUCCAAUAUGUUUCCCAAUCUUCCAUUUGGUCCACUAGGGGAGUGUCCACCAGGUUGGAGACCUGCAUAAAAGCCAGGCAAGUAGCCCUAGUAAAUCAUUUCUGCUUGACCCUCAAACGAAGUGUCGUCUCGUUCUUGGGGGGAAUUGGAUUGUAUGCUGUUACAGUGCGAAUGCCAGGAGUGUAAACUGUUCGUAUUGUUUUUCCUGUUCGGCUGUUUACAGCAUUCGUGUGUUUCCUGUUCAGGAGUUUGGAGCAUUCCCCUGGUUCCAGUUUGGGAGAUUGGUGAAUUCAUGUGUUUGCAGUUCGGGAGUUUGAGUAUUCAUGUGUUUGCAAUUCGGGAGAUUGGUGAUUGCAGUAGCUGCCUGUACAUCUGAAAAGGGGAAUAUCGCCUAAACGGUUUUUAACAUCUUGUGUGCAAAACGGUCCGUUACAAUUGGUGGCAAGCGACGGGAUUAUUCCCACAGCCCAGAAGGACAGCUACAAGGUAACACUAUUCCCUGGAUUUACAAAUUGAGGGUAACGCUAGUAUAUGUACAGCGCCCCUAUCUACAAAGGAACUCAGAAAAUGAGUUCAAAAAGUUUCAAGAUAGAUUGUUCUGUUACGUAUCCCUGAGGUCUGGAGCAGUGUCAGAGGAGGACAUGUUGAGGUACAGAGAGAUUGCAAGAGCCGGAUUGUGGGACGAAGCCCUAGAGAAAGUACAGUAUUCGCGAGGGGAUCGGCGCUGCAGCAGAAUGCAGCGAAUCCUGGCUUGAAUGGCAGAGCGGAUGCCCCUCCUGAGAAAACAGACCGAAGAAGCGUGGGUGACUAGACUCGAGAUUCUAGUAUAUGCAGAACUGGCGCUCGACGAUGCAUACCAGGCGAUACAGUGGUAAGCAGCUCAGUGUCCCCCCGAGAUGGCAGAGUAUGAGUUCCCAGAGGGCGGAGAUUACGCUGGCCCUGGCCUAUUUUGGAAUAAUAUUGAUGAUGAGGACUUUGGGAAAGCUACCAACUCCCGUUUUUGGGACCUGUGUUACGACCGAGAAGACAUGCUGGGUCUCCCUAGCGCUGUUGAUCUCGAGGCAGACCUACGGUAUCUGGUCGCCAAGGAAUGUGACCUGGAGUGGGAUUACCUGCGACUCAUCAAUGAGGCCCGGGAAGAGACAACCGGUCCUCUUCCCCAACAGCAACCGGCAGUACCCGAGGACCUCCUAGACUGGUCCUGCAAGGAUCCCCAGCAGCAGUAUGUAUCCCAGGGAGCUGAAGGUGCCAUCCUUCCUCCCCAGCGGCAGUGUGUGUCCUUAGGAGAGGAGACAGUUGGUCCCUCUCCCCAGCGGUCAAGUGAGUCCCAGGGAGCCGAAGGUGCCGUCCUUCCUCUCCUGCGGCAGCAUGUAUCCCAGGGAGCUGAAGGUGUCGUCCUUCCUCCCCAGUGGCAGUGUGUGUUCUUAGGAGAGGAGACAGGUGGUCCCUCUCCCCAGCAGUCAAGUGAGUCCCAUGGAGCUGAAGGUGCCGUCCUUCCUCCCCAGCGGCAGUGUGAGUCCCAGGGAGCCGAAGGUGCCGUCCUUCCUCCCCAGCAGCAGUGUGUCCAGCAGUGUGUCCGCUCCCCCGCAGCGGGACAAUAUAUUGAAAGGGGGGACAGUUGGUCCCCCUCUCCACCAGCAGAGAGAGUGUAAGGUAGAGGAGCUUGUUACCCCCUCUCCCCAGCGGCAGCAUAGCCCACCCAGGGGAGACACUAAGCUCCCCACCAGCGCAGAUGGGACCAUGGUCUCUGUAUCCCAAGCUACAGGGAGUACGGACAGUCGGUCCUGCUCCCCAGCGGCAUAGUAUUCUACCGGGAGGGGAGACCCUCGUUCCCCCUCCCCAGCGGCAGCCUAGCCCACCAAGGGGAGAUGAUAAGCCCCACACUGGUGCAGAUGGGACCGUGGUCUCUGUGCCCAAACCACAGGGGGUAGGGAUGGUCGGUCCUGUCCCCCAGCAGCAGGGCUGUUUAUCCAAAGGGGAGACAGCCUGUCUUCCCCUCCAGCAGCAACACCAGGUCCAGAGCAAGGAGCCUACUACCCCUUCUCCUAGCGCUGGCACCAGGGCAGAGUACCGCUGGUCUCUGCCCACUCAGCAACCCACCGAUCUGGAGGGCUAGUAAACCACAGAGCCGUGGUGGAGCCCCUGGACAUGGACAAGCUACCCACUACCCCAGGUGCAGUAACCAAAUUUUGUGGGUGGGCCACUCUGUUGAUUAUGUGUUGUGGGUGGGUUGCUGGACUAACCAGGGCACUGCCCGACAGGAGGUCAGAUGCCCUGUUAGUCUGAUUGGUAAAGGGGAGAAAUGUGGCGGAACCAACCUCGCCACUGGCCACUGGAGGAGCCUGGUCACCCGCCUCCUGCCACUGGACUAUGGCCCCAUGUUUAACACUGUUCUUUUUCCUUGCAGAAAGGCUGGUUCGUGCCUUUCUGCGGACUGUUAAAGCCAUGCUACCCCAGAUAGCUAUGCCAUGGAGCCCAGCCGUAUACUGAAAGACUCUAUGAAAGACUUUGGCUCCAUGGCGAUUGAACUGUAUGUAUGUGAUCUGAGCGCCAUACGGUAAUAAUGUUGUAUAGGGAGAGGUAUUAGCAGUAGAAAGAGGGAAGUGCUCAUGCCAUUGUACAGAACACUGGUGAGACCUCACUUGGAGUAUUGUACACAGUACUGGAGACCAUAUCUUCAGAAGGAUAUUGAUACUUUAGAGAGGGUUCAGAAAGGGCUACUAAACUGGUUCAUGGAUUGUGGGAUAAAACUUACCAGGAAAGGUUAAAGGAUCUUAACAUGUAUAGCUUGGAGGAAAGACGAGACGGGGGGAUAUGAUAGAAACGUUUAAAUAUAUAAAGGGAAUCAACACAGUAAAGGAGGAGACUAUAUUUAAAAGAAGAAAAACUACCACAAGAGGACAUACUGUAUUUUCUGGCAUAUAAGAUGACUUUUUAACCCUGGAAAAUCUUCUCCAAAGUCGGGGGUCGUCUUAUACGCCGGGUAUAGGGUCUAUAUGGCUUCCGUGGGCGCCCUGCGCCCCCAUCGCCGACCCUUCUAAUGCUGCUAUAGAGAGUGCUCAGACGGCUGCCGCACUGCCUCUCUUCUCACCUCCCCUUCCCUGUGCAGAGUGGGUGGCCGAGCUCCUCUUCGUCCUGUCAGUCCGGCCGGGACAGGUACUGAAUUCAGUACCGCACGGUACCCGGCCGGACUGAAAGGAGGAUGAAGAGGAGCUCGGCCACCCACUCUGCACAGGGAAGGGGAGGUGAGAAGAAUGUAGGGAGGAUUGGGGGGGGAGUAAAAAGAAUGGGGGGGAGUAAAAAAAAUGGAGGAGGGGAGUAAAAAGAAUGGAGGGGGGAUUAAAAAGAAUGGAGGGGGGGAGUAAAAAGAAUAUAUCGCAAUUAGCCUCCUGUGUGCUAGACCAGCAGGCAUGGAUUAUAUGCCCAAACAGCCUGGCACAUACCUGGGCUUUAAAUGCUAUUUCAGAUUAUGAUUAUUUAAUGUCUUGCUGUGUAGCUCUGUCUGCUCACUGUACAUCAUGGCUAAUUUUUAUUUGGUGUGCAUUGGAAGAGGGAUAUUCUUAUACGGCGAGUAUAUCCCAAACUCUAUAUUUUAACUGGAAAAGUUGGGGGUCGUCUUAUACGCCGGAAAAUACGGUAGUCUUAAAUUAGAGGGACAAAGGUUUAAAAAUAAUAUCAGGAAGUAUUACUUUACUGAGAGGGUAGUGGAUGCAUGGAAUAGCCUUCCAGCUGAAGUGGUAGAGGUUAACACAGUAAAGGAGUUUAAGCAUGCGUGGGAUAGGCAUAAGGCUAUCCUAACUAUAAGAUAAGGCCAGGGACUAAUGAAAGUAUUUAGAAAAUUGGGCAGACUAGAUGGGCCGAAUGGUUCUUAUAUGCCGUCACAUUCUAUGUUUCUAUUAUUAUUAUUAUUAUUAUUUUAUUAUUUAUAUAGCGCCAACAAAUUCCAUAGCGCUGUAUGUGCGCUCAGAUCUAAGCUAUCUGGGGAUAGGUAGAAUGUGUAUGUUCUAUGUGAUAAAUGUAACAGUAUGUAUUUUUAUGUAUUUUAUUGUUCUUUGUCUGCCAUGUGGUUAAUGGAGUUUUGCCUCUGUCCUUGGAGAUAAUUGGAUUACUUCCCAAUUAUCUCCAGGACAGAGAGGAGGGAUUGUGAUGCAUUGUGGGAUUGUAAGCUUGUGAUUGGUCAAUGUCCAAUAUGUUUCCCAGUCUUCCAUUUGGUCCCCUAGGGGAGUGUCCACCAGGUGGGAGACCUGCAUAAAAGCCGAGCAGGUAGCCCCAGUAAAUCAGUUCUGCUUGACCCUCAAACGAAGUGUCGUCUCGUUCUUGGGGGGAAUUGGAUUGUAUGCUGUUACAGUGCGACUGCCAGGAGUGUAAACUGUUCGUAUGGUUUUUCCUGUUCGGCUGUUUACAGCAUUCAUGUGUUUCCUGUUCGGGAGUUUGGAGCAUUCCCCUGGUUCCAGUUCGGGAGAUUGGUGAAUUCAUGUGUUUGCAGUUCGGGAGUUUGAGCAUUCAUGUGUUUGCAAUUCUUUUUUUUUUAACCUCUUGUGUGCAAAACGGUCCGUUACAACAAGUCUUUCCAGAAGCUUUGAAGAAAAAGGGAGCAGGGAUAUGGGGACGAUAGUUAGAGGAAGAGGACGGGUCAAGAGAUGGUUUCUUCACCAUAGGUACUACAGUGGCAUGUUUAAGUUUAGCAGGGUCAAUGCCAGAAGAGAGAGAGAAGUUGAAGAUGUUAAGGUGUUAAGGAAGGCACAAGACAAGGGGGAGAGAUAUCUGAUAAGGUGAGAUGGGACAGGAUCAAGCUGGAAAGUGGUCGGGCGAAAGGAAAGGAGAAGUUUUCAGUAGCCAGGGAGAAAGUCUGAAGGGUAGGAAAGGCAUGAGCUACGUGUGGUUGAGAAGGAGAAAAGGCAGGGUGGGGAGAAUUCUUUCCUUAGCUGUUCAAUCUUGUCGGUAAAGGAGCGGGGCUGCAGUGUUCAAGGCAGAGGUGAGGGUAGUGUUAUAUGUGGAGAUGGCCAGUGAGGGACAGGAGAGGAAAGGGAUGGAUAGGAUUUGUGAAUAAAUAUCAGCUGACAGCUGCUGGAGAUCAAUAGAAUUAAGUAGACAUGUGCAAUUAGUUUUGGUCCGAAUUUAAAUUCGGACGAAUUUCGGCAAUUCGGACAUUUGGAGCCAAAUUUCCGAAGUGCCAAAUUGCUGUAAUGCCGAACCUAAUUGUCAAAGUGCCAAAUUUCAGAAGUGCUUAGGAUUUCUGAAAAGUGUCAAAACAGGAGAGGGAGGGAAAAUUAAGGAAUCUAACCCUACUCCUACCCCUAACCAUACCCCUAAUCCUAACCCUACCCCUAACCAUACGCCAACCCUUACCCUACCCCUAACCCUUGCAGAGUGUGCAUUCAUUUUUCCAAUCUGGUGUAUGGACUGUGAAACCUUUAAAAGUAUUAGAAUGAAUUUUGUGAUAAUUGUCAUUACCUUCUUUUCCUCAUCAGACUGGGUUUACAGCUCUCCACGUCGCAGCUCAAUAUGGCCAGAUGGAUUUUGUACGAGAAAUUUUGACCAAAGUUUCAGCAUCAGUGCUAAGUGAACCUCCCAAAAUGGCCCCAGACUCACUCCUUCUGAAAGAACAAUGGACUGAAGUAAGGGUGGAUCAAUAAUACGGUUUUAUUUGACAUUUUUAGGAUACCAUAAUACUGAAAACUGCGGCACCACUUUCCUGCAAAUAGCACAUGUAAUGAACGCCAUGUAUUUAAUAUACCUAAUUCGUUUGUAUGCUCAUGAAAUGGUAGGGACUUAGUGAUUAUAGCCCGUUCGCAUAGAACAUUGAUUUGUACGUUCCCAAAAUCCAAGUAGUUAGUAAAAGUAAAUCCAGCGGUUCGUUGGUCACAUACCCAAACAUCAGUCGAGACUUGAUGAAGGGCACAACAGGAAUGUUUUAUUAUGGCAGGAUGGCCAACUUUAUACACAGGCCCCCAGCAGGGGGUCUCGAGUCAAAGUAUAGCAGAACACUCCCACAACACGUCCUGGAGUCUCUGUGUCUGGGAGAUAAUUUAGUGUACUUUGCUUAAACUAAUUAUCUCCCAGGCACUGGAGUACCAAAUCAGAAAACAUAAUAUAUUAAAAAUACACAUAUAGAAACCCCCACAAAUAUUAUAUCCCCAGCCUGGAUCUGAGUGCCCAAGUUGUCCAACUAGCACUUAGAUCCCACUAACACAGCUGAAUCGCCACCAGGGUAAGGUUUUGACCGAGCACACAGGUGGCGCCUGCCCAAAUUAGUUCCAUAGAAUCAGUGGUAGCAGUCGGUCACUUUUGGGAGUUCCAAAAUGAACAAAAAGAUGAACGGUUUCCCUGGCUCAUAGGUAGCAUUUGUUCACCUUGUUUGUGCGAACAAACCUAACGAACAGCGUUCUCCUGGUUUGUCUGGGAAAGAAGCAGGUGUUUGUGAAGUUUAGCCGGUGUUCGCGAGGUCGAGUGUCAAACUUAUAGUUCCAGACACUCAAAGACCAAGUCCUGCUGCCUGCUUUCGUGCAACAAAAUGGCUGCCGUUUUCUCCAGCACCUGCUGUUCGGCCACACAGGGAGAGCACUUAAGUCUGUGGUUUCUUUGAAGUUAAUGAGCCAGGGGGGUGGUCUGUGUUCAGUAGAUUUAUCUACCGAAUGCAGGGAAAGUAACUUUGGAAUAAAAUAUAUAGUUUUGUCACAGCACAUAACAGAAUUAAUAAAUAAUGAAACACCAUUGAAAGCUGUCUGCCGGCACAUUCAGUCCAUGUCAAUGAGUACGAUACGACUUGAUCUAGUUUGCAUGUAGACAACAUGCUAUUAGUAACAUUUUGAUAGCUAACUUAGUGGGAUUUUUAACAUACUCCAAUAAUUAAAGGAACAUUCCAAGUAUUAUAAUUUCUACAGCCAGUCGGAGUGAUUAUGGUGCCAAAAUCGCCCUAGCACUUUGCCAAGGUAAGAUGUCAAAAGGUUUAGUAUGACAAUUUACCUGGGACCCACUAGAUCCCACCAGGUGCCAUGCCAUAUUAGCCACAUCUAGGAUGCUCCAGCAGAAGAGGUCAGUUCUAUAGAGGGUAGGUCCAUUUAGGACUGCACUCAUGCUGAGAGUGUUGGUUGAGUGCUCUCAGGCAUUAGGAGUGGCCUUACAUCUGCCAUACUUUAUGCUACAGAGUACAAAGCAUUAAUAAUCACAGCUCCAUUAUUUACAAUUUUUAUCUCAUGAUCUCUCAUAAAUACUCUUCCUUUCAGUGAAGAAGCUCAUCGCCGGUGGUCUAGUGGAGACAGAGGGGGGAAUAUAUACAUAAAUAAAUCCUGGUUAAGUCAAUAUACAGCCUUCAGUCAGUUUUUGUUACAUACAAGAAAGGAGAACCUUUGGCAAUUUACUUUUUAUUAGAAAGUAUAGAUUUUAUGCAUAUAAAUAAAAAACAUUCUCUACAUCAUGUAAAGUCCAAUCUAAUCCUAAACAGUUCCUUACUUUGCAUCUUUUCCCUUUAAGUCAGGAUACACACCGUUACAUCUGGCUUCACAAUCAGGUCAUGAAAGUCUAGUUCGUCUUUUAUUGAAUUAUCCCGGAGUUCAAGUCGAUGUGGCCACCAGCCAGCAGGUAACAAACGAUAUAUUAAAUUAAUACUUACUCACAAAAGCUUCUGAAUUAUUGUAUUUCAUGUUUUUAUUUAUUUAUUUCUUCAGGGUUAACUGAGGAUCAAAAGAUCUGGGGAUUUGGUCAAGUAUGACGUCACACAGAAGGGUUAUAAUAAGAAGUGUUAUAUGUUAGGCAGCGUUCUAGUUAAAGGUUCUAGUGCAGUAAUUUACCUUAAUCUGUUCUUGGCAUUAAAUUGGUUUGGUUAUUUUGUGGUGGCUGCAACAUUUGGAAGACUUCUUGCCCAUCUUUAAAUUACUUCAAGUGUUCACACACUCUUGUCUAUCAAGUGCCAUACUUGAGAAAUCAUCCAUUUAUCAAUCCAUUGGACGUGUAUUUGGAUAAUAAGGUUAAUCACGUUUAAUUCAAAAUAAAUUCAGUGCAUUCAGACCCCUUUGUUUUUCAAAUUUUUUAAUGAUGCAUCCUAAAUCUACAAUUGUUUAAAUUAUUUUUUUUUACAUCAAUCUUCACUCAAUACUCCAUAUUUUCUAAAACUUUGCAAGUAUAUUAAAUAGCAAAAAACUAAAGCAUGCAUUGACAAAAGUAUUCAGACCUAUAACUCAGUACUUAGUUGCAAUACCUUUGGCAAAUAUUUUUUGGAAUGAUACGACAAUCUUUUAACAACUGGAUUUGGGUAGUUUCUGCCAUUAAUCUCUGUAUAUCCUCUCAAACUCUGUCAGUUUGGAUGAAGACCAUCAGUGGACAACCACUCUUAGAUCUGUCCACAGUUGUUAGAUUUGGUACAAGUCCAAGCUCUGGGUAUGCCGCUCAAGGACAUGACCCUAAGUCACUCUUGUGUUGUCUUGGCUUGUACAUCAGAAAAGAGAAUAUUGUUUCUGAAAGUCCUUCGGGUGAUUUUUGGCAAAUUCCAAGUGGGCUUUCAUGCUGCAGUGAAGAGAGGUUUCCAUCUGGCCAGUCUGCUAUAAAGGCUAAAUCAAUGGAGCAUUACAGUGAUGGUUAUCCUUCUGUUAUCCUUCUGUACGUAUCGCCCAUUUCCACACGAUCUCUAGAACUCACCAAGACUAUCACUUGGGUCCUUGGUCACCCCUUUUACCACGGUCUUUCUCCCUGAUUGCUCAGUUUGCCAGCUCUAGAAAGAGUCCUGGAGCUCACUGUGCUCUUGGGAACCUUCAACACAGCUGAAAUUAUUUUUUUAGCCUUCCCCAGAUCUGUGCCUGGACACAAUCCUGUCUGACUUCAUGGCUUGGUAAUUGCUAGAAUUUGCAUUUACAGCUAGAUAGGGGUGUCCCUUUAAAAAUCAUGUCCAAUCAGUUGAAUUUACCACAGAUGGACUUCAAACUGUAGAAACAGCUCAAGGAUGAUUGAGAGAAAUUAGAUUCAUCUAAAGUAAAUUUUAGGUGUCACACAGGGUCUGUUUAGGUACAUCAAUGUGAUAUUUCAGUUUUUUAUUUUUUUAUUUGUUUGUUUGGUUUUUUUUUUACAAAUUUUCACACAAGUUUCCAAAAUCCAGAAUUUUGCUUUGUUAUUUUGGGGAUAUUGAAUGUAAAUUGAUGUGGAAAAAAAUAUUUAACCAAUUGUAGUAUAAGGCAACAUUAAAAUGUGAAAUGAAUGGGGUCUGAAUACUUUCUGAAUGCACUGUAAGUCGUCUGUGAUAGAAUUCUAUGGUUUAUUGGUCGAACAAAUGCUGGAAAAAUUAGGAUAACCAAAAAAUGCUAAAUAUUAUUUGUUAACCAGUCGUAUAUAUCAAGUAAACAUAAGGGAGUAAUGUGUACAGCCACCUUUUUAAUGGCCAUUGUGCAUUUUUUGUAUAUAUUACAUUUUGCAUAUGUUGUAGAACAACAUUUAAAAUUGUAAUUAUGAUACUUUUGUACACAACAAGCAAACUAUAAUCUUUACAUUCUUUUUCCUUACUUAUUUUCAUUGAAUAAUUUUCAUAUGAUCUAUGUAUUGAUACUUUAUAGUGGGCUUAGUGAACAGCUAACCCUUUUCUGUAAGACUGGCAAUAUUCAAUUAUUUUCAAAAACUCACCUCUAGUGGCUGUCAACCAUUCAGCUAAUAGUGGAUUUCCCAUUUGGCGUAAUCACACACAGUGUGAUGAUGCUGAAUGCCAACAUUGAAUUCCGUGCUUCUCAUUGAGAAGAAUUGGACUGGUGGAUAACUGCAAUUUCCACACGUGCACUGUGUGUCCUCGGUGUUUCUCAAUAACAAGCAUCUGAUUGAACAAACGUCAUCAUGACUGAUGACUUCACCGUAGGAAGAUCGGGCUGCAGUAAGAAGUCUGUCCCGUCACUGAAAGUGUAAAAGCAUUUUUACGUAUCUUCUUUUUAAAGUGGGGGCAUAUAUCUAAACGUAAAAAUGAAUAAAGGUACAGAUUUAAGUAAACAUCUUUUAUUACGUUUUUUUUUAUGCCUGACAUUAAUACCAAAAUAGAUUAGUAAAGCCUGUCCACGACAAAGUUGUUAUUAAAUCUUGUAAUCUUUAAUUCUCACAUUGUAACAAAGUUCUAUCUGCUUUAGUUCCAAUAUAUUUAACAUUUCCUUUUUCUCCAUAGGGUUCCACGCCAAUGCACCUCGCAGCCAAGAAUGGUCACACUGCAGUUGUUGGUCUCCUGUUAAGUAAAUCCACCUCCCAGCUGCACAUGAAAGACAAACAAGGGAGAACGUGCCUCCACCUGGCGGGUUCCAAUGGCCACAAUGAAACCAUGAGAGCUCUGAUUGGUCAAGGAGCUGAGAUAAAUGUGACCGAUAAGGUGCAGACUUGCUUUUACAAACCACACAUUAACACUUUACAUACUGGGGAUAAGGAAAUCAAGUCAUGAUUUAUUCCAUGACUCUGCAGGUGCUUUCAUGGUGUGACCGAACUGUGUACAUCUUAAUAAUAUACACCACAUUGUUCUCCAAGGGUACGGUCCAUGGUAAAAUGCCUUCAGUAAACCAGUCUUUGAACUGCUUAUAGUAGAGCUAACAGUAAACCUGGAAGAAUUGUUGGUACUUUAUUGGAGAACUGAAGGUACAAUAGUAAGUCAGUAACAGUAAAUAGUAAUUUAGCAUUAGUGGUUAUGUGCUAGAAGACUGUAGUCGCUAUGUGCCAGAAGGCUGUAGUCAUUAGUGGUUGUGCCUGAAGGCUGUAGUCGCUAUGUGCCAGAAGGCUGUAGUCACUAUGUGCCGGAAGGCUGUAGUCGUUAUGUGCCUGAAGGCUGUAGUCGCUAUGUGCCUAAAGACUGUAGUCGCUAUGUGCCAGAAGGCUGUAGUCGUUAUGUGCCUGAAGGCUGUAGUCGCUAUGUGCCUAAAGACUGUAGUCGCUAUGUGCCAGAAGGCUGUAGUCGUUAUGUGCCUGAAGGCUGUAGUUAUGUGCCAGAGGGCUGUAGUUGCUAUGUGCUAGAAUGCUGCAGUCAUUAUGUGCCAGAAGGCUUUAGUCGUUGUGCCAGAAGGCUGUAGUCGUUAUGUGCCAGAAGGCUGUAGUCGUUAUGUGCCAGAAGGCUGUAGUCGCUAUGUGCCAGAAGGCUGUAGUCACUAUGUGCCAGAAGGCUGUAGUUAUGUGCCAGAAGGUUGUAGUUAUGUGCCAGAGGGCUGUAGUUGCUAUGUGCUAGAAUGCUGCAGUUGUUAUGUGCUAGAAGUGCCCUGGUAUUCUUUCAGGUUAAGUAGUUAAACCAUUUGGGAAUGGUUUGACCAUGUACCAGUGGUCCACCAGUUUCCUCCUCCUGUGCCCCUGGAAGCUGCAGUACUAAGUUAGCCCUGGCAGUGCACGACUUAGCUCAUUGGCUGAGAUCACUCAGCUGAAUCACUGAGCCAAUGAAGUUGGGUCAUUGAAGUUAAAGCAGAACUGUCACCUCAACACUUUUUUAAUAUAAUGAUCUUUUGAUCAAGUUUUGAAAGGAAAUGGAUAUUUUGUUAAAUGAAUUAUAUGGAAAAACUAAAUGAGAAAAACGUAUCCCUAUCUUUUAGUAUCUGACAGGAUCCUUCUGCCACAUACAUACACUUUGGGUCAGACAUUGUUUGACGUUGACAGUUCGUUAGUCAGUCUGAUGAUGUCACUGCAGUGUGCGGGGAGUGAAGCAGGAAAAACCAUAGAGACUAACUGUCAGUUUUCAAACAUUGACCAACCCAAGGUGUGUGCAUAUGGCUGUCUGACCCAAGGUGUGUGCAUAUGGCUGUCUGACCCAAGGUGUAUGCAUAUGGCUGUCUGACCCAAGGUGUGUGCAUAUGGCUGUCUGACCCAAGGUGUAUGCAUAUAGCUGUCUGACCCAAGGUGUGUGCAUGUGGCUGUCUGACCCAAGGUGUGUGCAUGUGGCUGUCUGACCCAAGGUGUGCGCAUAUGACUGUCUGACCCAAGGUGUGUGCAUAUGGUUGUCGGACUCAAGGUGUGUGCAUGUGGCUGUCUGACCCAAGGUGUGUGCAUGUGGCUGUCUGACCCAAGGUGUGUGCAUGUGGCUCAGCAUUUGGCUGUCUGACCCAAGGUGUGUGCAUGUGGCAGUCUGACCCAAGGUGUGUGCAUAUGGCUGUCUGACCCAAGAUGUGUGCAUAUGGUUGUCUGACCCAAGGUGUAUGCAUAUGGCUGUCUGACCCAAGAUGUCUGCAUAUGGCUGUCUGACCCAAGAUGUCUGCAUAUGGCUGUCUGACCCAAGGUGUAUGCAUAUGGCUGUCUGACCCAAGGUGUAUGCAUAUGGCUGUCUGACCCAAGGUGUGUGCAUGUGGCUGUCUGGCCCAAGGUGUGUGCAUAUGGCUGUCUGACCCAAGGUGUAUGCAUGUGGCUGUCUGACCCAAGGUGUGUGCAUAUGGCAGUCUGACCCAAGGUGUAUGCAUAUGGCUGUCUGACCCAAGGUGUAUGCAUAUGGCUGUCUAACCCAAGGUGUGUGCAUAUGGCUGUCUGACCUAAGGUGUAUGCAUAUGGCUGUCUGACUCAAGGUGUGUGCAUGUGGCUGUCUGACCCAAGGUGUGUGCAUGUGGCUGUCUGACCCAAGGUGUAUGCAUAUGGCUGUCUGACCCAAGAUGUGUGCAUAUGGCUGUCUGACCCAAGGUGUAUGCAUAUGGCUGUCUGACCCAAGAUGUGUGCAUAUGGCUGUCUGACCCAAGGUGUAUGCAUGUGGCUGUCUGACCCAAGGUGUAUGCAUAUGGCUGUCUGACCCAAGGUGUGUGCAUAUGGCUGUCUGACCCAAGGUGUGUGCAUGUGGCUGUCUGGCCCAAGGUGUAUGCAUGUGGCUGUCUGGCCCAAGGUGUGUGCAUAUGGCUGCAGGAUCCUGUGAUAUAGUAACAGUGUGGAUGAGUAUUUCUCCUUAUUUUUUAUUUUUUUUUACUUCAUUUAACAAAUUUUCCAUUUCGUUUGAAAACUUGAUUUAAGGAUCGUUAUAUUAAUAAUUAGUGUUGAUGUGACAGUUGUCCUUGCAGCAGGUUCCAACUCCCAGUGCACUUCCCAGCUCCAAGUGAGAAUAGUGAGUAUUGGGUCAUAUAUCUGACAAUCUGACCAAAGGUGCGUUAAUACGGCUGUCAAAAUACGGGAAAGGUAAGUAAGAGUUUUCUUUAAAAAUUUCAACAUAUGUGACUUAAAAACAUAAUUAGAUAGUGUAUUAUAACAUUAAUAUUAUGUUUAGGUAUUAAAUGUUGACGUCACUGUUCCUUUAGUGUUUUUUGAUCUCAAUCAUACUCCACUACACAUUUUACUUGGGUUUACCCAGAACAGUGUGGUAGAAAUUGUUAAUACUUUAUAAAUGAAUUUACAGUAUAAUUAUCAUAAUGAAUUGUUGCAGAAUGGCUGGUGUCCUUUGCAUUUUGCUGCAAAAUCUGGCUUCCUGGAAACUGUUCGAUUUCUCAUAGAAUGCAGCGCAAACCCAGCUUUGGAAUGUAAAAAUGGAAAGACAGCAAUUCAGUAUGCUGCGGCCGAAAAUCACCAGGAGGUGGUAAGCUUCCUGCUAAAGAAGACUCAUAAUACGUUAAGGCUGCUCGAGGACAGGAAGGUAAUUAAUGUCAUGUAAAGGUGCUCAUAGCAUGUGACACUCUUCCUUAACUACAUCAUAUGAUGGGAAAUGUAGUUCACAACAUGUAGGCACAUUCAGAAUAAUCUGUUCUCUCAGCUACUCUAACAUCAAAGUCAUGCCACAGCCCUUAAAGGAACACUCUGGGCUCCAUGAUAACUUCAUAAAAAUCAGAACAGUUAUUGAACAGUUUAGCCCUAAAUUCUUGAAUCCAGAACUUUUGCAUCUUCCUAUACUUUUCUCUGAUUUUUGAAACAAGAAGCCUUGGACAUCCUCUGACAGGGGCACAGCUGAUUGGCUUAGAGCGCCAACUAAGGUUCUAAGCCAAUCAGUAGCUAUCCAUUCACAAAACAGCUUGAGAAACAUACAUAUUUUUCUCAAGCCGUUUUGUGAAUUAGUGGCGCUCCUGUCAGAGGCUUCCCGUUUCAAGAAUUGUAGUAUAGCGGACGUGGUGGGGACAGAGCAAAGCGGCAUUGGAUUCAUAUUUGUUACAGGAAUUAAACCAUUCAUUAAUGUUUUAACCUCUAAAGGUUAGCUGGUGCUCAAGGUGUUCCUAUCAAAUCUUUCUGAAACUAUUCUUCUCUACGUACGAUGUCAUGCAGCGAUGUUCGACUGGUAAAAUACUGACAAAGAUGUUUGUGAAUUCGUCAGUACAUCAAAUUACUUUGAUCUGAUACAGGCAAGAACUGUGUGUAACUAGGCACUUUGCAUGUUGUGAAUUCACAGGAUGGAGCCCAGGUAUUCUGUAUAAAACCUAGGGCAUUUUAUAUUACGCACAGAUUAUAGUUAUAUAUAGAAUGUUAUUAAAAUAAUAAAAUUUUAAAAAACUCAAAUUACCUCAAUUCCAAUUGUUUGCGUGUUUCCACUGUCAAUAACUGCAAUAACAUCAAUGGGAAAAAUUAACAUGAUCACUUAAUACUAAACCCUAAAUCAGUAAUGCUUUGCAUGGUUUAAUUGCAUAGUAUAUAACGUAGUAAAUCAAUAUGUAAAAGCUAGAUUUUUUUUUCUGCUACAUCUAUUUCUUGUUUGCUGUGUGUUGCCUUUUGCUGAGAACCUUUUAAUUUUGUAAAAUAACUCAUAUAAUAUUUUCCAGUUCGUUUUCGACCUCAUGGUCUGUGGGAAGUUAAAUGACAACAGGAUCCUAGAGGAAUAUGUUCUUAAUUCCACUGCCCCUUUGGAUAUGGCUGUCAAGCUUUCUAGAGCCUUCAGCAUUGCUGGCCUCAAGGAGAAAGAAAGGGCAGUGGACCUUCUGAAUGCUGCUAAGUACAGUGAGAGCAUGGCCACCGAACUCCUCACUAUAGCCUCUGGAAGUAAAAAUGCUGGGUACAUUCUGAGGGCGGUAGACCACAGAGGCACCACUAUAUUGGAUUGUUUAAUAGAAUGUGAACAGAAAGAUGUAGUGGCACACCCAGCUGUCCAGAAAUAUCUGACAGAUGUUUGGUACGGCAAUUUGGACUGGGCAGCUUGGAAACUAGUCCUCCUGUUUUUUAGUUUUUUAGCAUGCCCACCGGUAUGGCUUGUGUUUUCUCUACCUCUCAAACACCAAUUUAACAAAAUCCCUAUCAUCAAAUUCAUGAGUUAUUUGGCCUCUCAUAUAUUCCUGCUCGUAUUGUUCAUCCUAACCAUUGUCUACCCACCACUUAGCCCAAUUUAUGAAGGACGCACCAUACCCUACUGGAAUGAAUGGUUGUUGCUCAUUUGGCUAUUAGGUACCCUGGUUUCUGAGCUCACCCACCAAGGAGAAAGAGCAGGUCUUGCCUGGAUACGUGUUUUUGUUAUAGGAUUUUCUGCAGCUGCCUUUUUCUGCCAUUUGCUUGCUUUUUUCUUUACAGACAUUGAUCGUUUACACUGCCUUUUUGCCAGAAAUAUAUUCCUUGGUGUUGCUAUGACCCUCUCGUUUGUCCAGUUCCUGGAGUUCCUUACCUUCCACCAUCUCUUUGGACCUUGGGCAAUUAUCAUAAGAGAUUUGAUAAAAGACUUGACUAGGUUUGCUGUCAUUCUAGGAUUGUUUCACAUAGCUUUCACCAUGCAACUUUCAGCCGUUUACCAACCCGUAUAUCCAGCAUUUAAGACAAAUCAGUCAGAUAAUGGAACUGUGUCAGAUGAUUUUAGCAUUCAAGAUCCCAUUGAUAUAACAGUCCUUUUGUUUUUCUCUUUGUUUGGUCUUGUUGAACCAGGGUGCCUUCCACCCAUCAACCGGACUCCUCAAUUCACUUUUGUAAUUGUCCGCUUUGUGUUUGGAGUUUACCUUAUGGUUACAUUGAUUGUUCUGAUCAAUCUCCUGAUUGCUAUGAUGAGUGACACUUACCAGAGGAUACAAGCUCAAUCGGACACGGAGUGGAAAUUUGGGAGAGCCACACUGAUUCGAGAUAUGACCAGAAAGCCAGCAACGCCUUCUCCCUUCAACUUGUUCACCAACUUGUUUUACUACUUAAAAUUGCUAUGUAAAUACAAAGGUAUGACCUAAAAUAAAAUAAAAUAGUCUUUUACACUAAAGUUAUAUAAAUUAUAAGGCAGAGUAUAGUCACACUUAAGAAAUGUUUUCUUAAUAUUAUAUCUCUUACAAGUAACCAUCAGACAUGUAUUUACUACACAAGGAAAUUUGAAGGACUGACAGUAAUAGACAUGGGGAAUGUGAAAAUGUAUGAGUUGGAGAAUGUUUCCAUUAUGGCUGUUUUAGACUAAAAUGUACUAAUCUCCAUUUUCGUGAAUAUACCCCAUUCAUCAGCCUUUAAUUUAGUCGUUAAUGCUCAGUAUUUUUACUUUUGUUUUUGUUUUAUAAACUUUUAUUGAAAAGUUGAGCAGUAAAAAGUUUAUCCAAAAGUUGUUACCGCAAGGCAGGUAUCAGGGCAUUAGCUUCCCCUAAAAAUAUCCAGAGGAGGGUUUGUUUAUAACUCUCUGGAAAUGUUUUUGGCCACGCCAAGAGGAUUUGUGAUGGGUUUAAUCUAUUGUCGAAGUUUAGCACUUCCUGUACAAAUUGAAUUACUUUAUUCCAAAAUGGUUGUAUGUCUGCACAACUCCACCAAAUGUGAUUUUGAAUGUCCAUCUCUCGGUGGCAUCUCCAACAGGUAUUGUUUGUUCACAGCAUGAAAGAUGGAGUGUAAGAAGGCAGGAGUCCUAUAUCAUCUAGUGAUCCUUUUGUAAAAUGUACUAUUACCUGUAAUGUACAGAUCUGCCAAGGUAGGGUAUUCAAGGGCACCAUGGCAAUGUUUUAUUCCAGGUCUAGCCACAAUUUGUUCCUGCCAGCACCAGUCCACUCACCAGUAUCACUGGGUGCCUGCCUACCCAACUAAAUGUCAAUCUGGUGAAAAAAAGAUAGGGUUUGCAGUAAAUAGAGGCUUUUGGUGAAGUAAUCAGUUUUAGAAUAUUACUAUCAAUAGAGAAAACUGAGAAUUGUUCUCUCCUUAAAUCGGUGUUAGUAGUGCCCAGGACCGGAGGACAGUUAAAUCCAUAUAAAGCCUGGUAUUGUCUGGGUCUCCCAAGUAUUUGAUCCAUAGAUUCACCCAGCGAAAUCCAGAGGAGCAGAAUUUGGUGGUGCUCAAAGAUCCGAGCACAGCUAAUCUCAAAAUCUCACACUUGUCAUAGUUGACUUUGAAAUUGAACGAGGCACUAAACCUAUUCAUCUCUUGGCAAUACUUGGCAAUGACUGGCUUGGAUUCAUAAAUAUUUUACUCCCGCUAUACCCGGGUUCUUCCUAACAACAUACCAGACCCAUAAUGUACAAUGUAGAUAAUGAGAAUAAAAUAACACAAUAAUACUUGUUACUAAGUUUUUAGUUACAAUGAUUGCAAUUUGUUUUAGGGGACAUUUGCUCUGCUAAUGCCAGAAAUCUCAUGAAUGAAGAAGAGAUGGAUGGGUUUUCCGAUACCAGAUCUAUUGACCUGCUUGCACAUACAUCGAUUGGAUGGAUAAGGAACACAGCUAAAAGAACAAUGCAAGUAUCACCAGAAGGUAACCACUUCAUGACUAUCUCUCCUCCAGGCCCUUUAAUUGCACAUGAAAACAUAUGCAAGUAAUAUACAGUCAAAGGGCAUAAUAAACUUGGUGCAGGUAUGCCAGAGAUCCUUAGAGGUACAUUUUACGUAUCAUGGAACAGUCUGCAAAGUGCUAAACAUUCCUGUUAAGAGAUUUGCAUUAAAGGUCAAUAUUGUCAAGUAAGAGACCACUAAAAGAAAACUCCACAUUGUCUUUAGGCCUUCAGUCUUAGACCAGGUAUAAGCAUUAGACCAGAAAAAAUCUUUUUUUUUUGUUUCUGGUGAUUCGAGGAAAAGCAAUUCAGGCAAACCAGAAAGGUGGAAAAUUUGGCCAGUCAGUGUACUACAAAAUAAUAAAUAUUCUGUAUAUAUUUAGCAGUACACUGAUAGGUGCGUUUUCUAACCAUAUGGUUCACAGACCAAGUGAGAGAAAGAAAAGGUGAAAAGAGGAGCAGAAGAAAAAAGAGAAGGAGCAGUGAAAAAAACUCUGUUAUGAAUAUCUACAAAAACAAUUAAAAUAUAUUUUAUUUUAUUCUAAAUCCAAUAUAUGGUAGGUUGCAGAAGGAACUGAUUUACCAAGCCAGAUUCUAAAAGUUUAACAUUAUUAGGACUAAAAACACAAUGAUUGAAAUCCUGAAUAUCUGAGUUGUUUCCAAUACCGCACGGUUAAAGAACCACUAUGGGCACCCACAUCGCUUCAUCACAGUAUUUCGGAUCUGGACUGCAUAUGGGUGGGGUUCCCUUUGUAAUGGCACAAGUGAGCAAAAACAUGUUUGAGGCCUGGGUGGAGACUAACUGCAGGGCAAGCUGCUGAGCUUCUCUAAGAUUUUGCCUGUGUUCAGACUUCUAAUAUUUUCAGUUAAAGUUGUUAUGAUGCCUGGAGUGUUCCUUUAAAGAGUGGAGCAAUAUGGGUAUGCUACUUAUAAAAAGAAUAUGACAUGACCCACAGAAUCUCUGUAGAGCUCACACAUUGCAUUGUAACUAUAAUACAGUCCUAUUUGUUAUAAUUAUUUGGGAAUAAGCAUUCCCUAAACAAAUAUUAAAAAAGAGACAUGAAAUAGCCAAGGUAAUUUAUCAAACACCAGAAUGACCUUAAAUUGUCCCUACAUUUGCCAGUGAAAUACCAGUAUUAAGUACAAUUUGCGGACUGAAUAUCUAUUUAAUUCAGGAGCAUUCAUUUGGAAAUUUAUUUGGGGUUUCACUCUCAUUCUAUUUCUGUAAUAAAUUUAGUGGAUGUCAUUUGCAAUUUUGCCUCCAAAUUGUUUACAUUUGUUUUCCCUUAAUUUGUAUUUUAACCCGGAUUUGAGAAGCAAUGAGACACUUGUUUUUUUAUGUUUUAUUUUUUGCCUCAGGUGGAUUACAACACGAUCCGUUCUUAACUGGCCCGGUGCAUGUGGAUGAAAUUAUAAACUGGAACUCUGUUAUUCUCCGAUAUCUGGCCCUGAAAGGACAGUCUGAUGUAACGUUACUUGGAAGGGAAGUUUCUCCAAGCAGAGAGAUAUCUAACAAACUGCUUCCUCUUCACACUGCUAGCACAAAACUACAAAAUGGGCUGAUGUAACGCCUCUUGCAUAGCAGACACAGGCGCCAGAACUAACCUUUGGGCACAGAGUGGACAUGUCCCCCAAACAAAACUUUACGUUAAUCAGUAGAACAUAACAAAUGGUCCAAAUAUUGGGAAAACAUUUUCAUAAUGUAUGUUUACUCCUUGUCUUGGAGCUCUCUCUGAUACCAUACUUCGCACACUCUCUACAGACCACGAAUACCAUGUCACCAUGCACCCACGUCUACGUUUUGACGGAUUGCACAUUUAAAUAGUUCUACCUUAUAUAUAACCAGUGCAGGACUCAGACUAGAGGAAACCUUUUCAAACACGAGAGUGUUAUUUGGAUUUGUUUCACUUAAGCCACACGAUUUAGCUCCAAG